AUGGACCUGGGUGAUGUGGAAACAUCUGUAGUGCUCAGCAUCACCUUGGAGACUAAGAACAAGACCCAUGUUCUGCUGGAUGGAUUCAGAUGGCAUGAGAAACAGCUGAAGUGCCUGACUUUCACAGUGAGUGAUGUAUACCAGCAGUAAAUCUGGUCUGGAUACAUGAAAAAUAAUAAUAAAGUACGCAGUAUAAAUCAGAAGCAUCAACUGUGCUUGUGCAGAAUGGUGUCCUUUGAUCUAUACCAUGCUGCUUCACCUCUGACACUGAUUAGCUGAGCUGGUGUGGUGUCAUGGAAUGCACAAGAACAUUCCACCUGCUCAGGAUCGUUUUUAGAAUUUUUGUAGUCCAACUUCUAAGAGGGCAGAAAAAAGUUGUCAGUUUGACCCAGAGUAGUGGAAACACUAACCUGAGGAAAGGAAGGGGUGGCAGCCCUCUGCCACUUACAUGAUUCCUCCUGUAAUUAUUUGAAUUGUACCCCAUUUUAUAGACUGUAGUCUCCUAUCACUCCAGUCUGUGCUUGCCUGAACAGAUGCUAGGAGCAGGGCUUUUUUAUUUUAUUUUAUUGUGGGGUGUUCCUGCCACAGAGUAAAUGAGUCCUUGCUGCUCAAAGAGUGUACCUUCAAAAGGGUUCACUCUUUCUUUUCCACACCCAGUGACACAAGGCUCAAUACAAACCAACAAAAGAGGCAGAACCAGCAGAUCAGCCAGACAACUUUUGUUAUUGGGUGGUAUAUAAAUCUUAUUUAUUUAUUUAAAAAAUAUCUUUAUUCCUCUGUGUCGUAAAAAUAUAUAUCCAAGUGGUUUACAGGAAUGAAAGCAUAAAACCAUUGAGAGGUUAAAAACAGACAUCAAUUAGCCAUUGUGGAAGAAUGUAUUCUUAAUUGCCUGCAUAAGUCUGGUGGAAUAGAAAGGUUUUCAGCAGGAAUGUGGAAGUUGGCGCAGAAGGUGCACAUCAGCACACACUGAGAAUGAAUGAAACAAGUUUUAAAUUAAAGGCACAGUAGCCCUUUAAAGCAUGGAGUGCUUUGUCUACCACACAAAACACUGCAAUUGUACUUUAAAAAUCACACACGGAAAUGCCUUUUGUGAUGGCCAAAGCCCUGUCCAUUGGGGAAGUCAUUGUGGUUUGGUGUUAAGGGUGUUGCUUUUGGCUGUAGAUGUGUCCGGUUCACAGCUCUUCUCAUCCAUGAAAUACAUUGGGUGGUUGUGGGUCAAUCUCCCUCCUUCUCAGCCUACUUGGCAAGGCUAAACUGCAACAACCCCAUAGAUGCUGCUUUGAGUUCCAUUCAGGGAUGGAACAUACAAUAGUUAAAUCAUGCUCCCACAUGGAGGUCCAGUGUUCAGAUUACUGGAUCCUGCCUAUUCACUUCCCGAUGUGGUCUCUCCGUCAUGCUGUCCUUUGUUAGAAGUCCAGGACAAUAGGAAACAUCUGUAGGGGGUUUGACCUGUGUGCGUCACAGCCCUCCACCACCGCCCCAUUCUCUCCAUUUCCCUGCUCUUUCAUUCACCCUUUCCUUUCAAAUGCAUGCAUUUAAUCCUUCCUGGAUUGGGGAAUCCUGUUAACGCUAAGUGACUUGUGUAAACCAGGUACCACCCCCUGCAGAUGGCUCGGAGGAAGUUGCUGCCAUCCGACUUUCUGAUGCCCAGGGGAAGAUAGAUGAGCAGAAGCAGGUUCUUAUUCAGAAAGCGGAAAGUGGCACUUUUCUGCAGAUGGACAAGCCCAUCUAUUCUCCAGGACAACUGGGUAAGGAGAAACGAGUCCCUAGGGCUGGUGGGCUGGCUCUUAAUAUGUAAGUCGGGCUAGUAGCAGGCACUUUUGAUAGUAAUGUGAUAGUAAAAGAGGGCAUACCAGCCCUCCUUCAUUUUGGGGCCAUGACACCACUGGUUACUGCAGAGCUGUGCGUAAUCCUAAUGUAUGUGUGAAAUAUACUCAGAGUCCUGUAGUGAUUUCAUGCUCUUUACUGCAGCUUGUAAAACAGUGAUUGACUUGCCCCCCAAACCUCAGGCUUUUAUAUACAUUAUUUACACAAUGAGUCCCAUCUGCCUGCCUGAUUCUGCUUCCCUCCUGGAGCCUGAUUGGUCUUUUCCUACAGGCCAAUCAGUUGUUGCAUUCUACGAUCCUACGAUCCUACCAGCCUAAUAGGCUGAUUAACUUCCUCCUGGAGCCUGAUUGGUCUUUUCCUGCAAGCCAAUCAGUUGUUGCAUUCUAGGAUCCUACUUGCCUAUUGUUUUAGGAUCCAAGCUUAGUACAUAACAGUUUAUAUAUCUCUCCAUUAGAGCAUGUUACAGAUAUGAGGCAACAGACUCUAUUAGGGAAUUGUAGAAAUCAAUAAAUGGUAGGAUUUUGAUUAUUUGGGCAUAUGGAGGGAAAAUACAAGCUGCAGAGGAAUUCCUGGGUUACCCCAGCCCAUUUAAUACAUUAAAACAUAGUAAGACAUCAAACAUUAAAACCUUCCCUAAACAGGGCUGCCUUCAGAUGUCUUCUAAAAGUCAGAUAGUUGUUUAUUUCCUUGACAUCUGAUGGGAGGGCGUUCCACAGGGCAGGUGCCACUACUAAGAAGGCCAAGAAUGGCCAACAUGGUACCAUUGAGGGCCACUGGCAAUGCAAGAGAACUGUGCUUGCCCUUGUCCUGAGUUAUGAACAGAGACAGGUGAUUUGGCAGGUUGUCGGGUUAAUUGGGCGUGAUGUCCUUGGAAGAGUUUGGGGCCUUAACAGGAGACUUGGGGGAGCUGAACAAAGAUGAGAACAAUCUCAGCUGGCAGAUGGCAGGCUGGGAGAGACACAUUGUGCUCCAGCACUGCACUGUUGUGGGGAACGAGACCCUCUCGUAAGAUCUGCACUUUAAGAGGGUCAUUUUGUGCAUUUGUUCUGUUGCAGUGCAAUUUCGAAUCAUCACCCUGGAUGAAGGAUUUAUACCGUUGGCUACUGAGGUGAGAAAUGUGAACAGGGUGCGGAGGGGGGGUUGCGGGGAGGAAUAAGCAAGACAAGAUGGGCAUGACCUGGGCUGGGCACUUCUCCUCCACCAUUUAUAUUUCUCCUCACCUGAGUACAAAAGUAUUUAGUGAUGAGUUCGACAAAUCUGUGCGUAACAAAACUCUUGACAGCCGCUUUUGUUAAAGGAAGUCUGCUGAGAGCAGCUUGCGCUUGAUUGUAGUGAUCGAUGGUGCAUUUAGAAGUUCCCAAUCCACAAGAUUGGGGGGAUUUUUCAGAGCUUUUAUUUUGGUGAAAGAAAGAGCCCAGCUCUUUCUUGCAAACUUUCUUUCUGGCCUGGUUCCAAAAACAGCAAGAUUGUAGGUUUUUUUGGUAAUCGCUAGAAACACGAGCUGACAAUGUGCUCAUAAGUGAUAGGAAUGAGAGGAAGGCUGAACCAACCUCCCAAAUAGCUUUUAUUUUAUUUUAUUUCCCACGCACCAGAUGUAGAAUCCGUGGAGAAAUGGUUUGUCUGCACUCAGAACAGGUAAAAAAAAUAAAAAGCCCCAACAAAGUUCAACAGAUCUUCUGCACUCAGUUUUCUGAACACCUGGCAGCUUUGGGGAAGCUAAAUAGGGAAUCUUCAGUUGCUUGACAUGACAUUGUAGCUAUGGCAACAGUAUGGGAUGUUCAGGAAGUUUCUGAAUGGCUAGGAUUUAUUGACCCAGAGGGCAUAAAAUCCCAGAGUGUAGAGGCUGGGGUGCCAUUUCACUGCAGAUAUUAGAAGCGGAGGAGCAAGAAUAUGCCUUUCCUCCUCUCUGCCUGCCUAGCGUUUGCAAGAAAAAAAAAUCCAUUAUCUGCAGUUAAAGGUACUUGCUCAUCCUUUGCAUCUACAGGAGUGAGCAAGCUGCAGCUCUCCCAAUGUUCUUGGACUCCAAUUCCUGUCAGCUCCGGCCAGCACAACCAAUGGUCAGGGAUGGUAGGAAAUGCAUUCCACCAACAUCUGUAGGGCCACAGAUUUUCCACCCCCUCCCCUAACUUGAUGAGUUGCAGGAUGGGAAUUGUAGUUGGACGCAUUACUCUUGCUGGAGACUAAAGGGAUUGCCUUUUGUUUUCUUCUUUAGCAUCAGCUGGUGGAGUUGCAGGUGAGUACCCUCACGUUUCCCAGGGAUCUUCUUCAGAUGUAAUUUGAAACACACACACCAAUGUGGGGUGGAGGGCAGGGGAGAAGACUGAGGAGGUUGCAGAACUUCCACCCUUUCAGAGAUGCUUCCUUUUGCAGGUAUGUGCUGCAAUAAUUCAUGUUUUAUUUUUUAUAAAAAUGUGAUUGCAGGAUCCUGCAGGCAACCGAAUUGCACAAUGGAAUAAUGUGCAACCAGACAAUGGGGUUGUGCAACUGUCCUACCAGUUGGCUGCUGAACCAAUGCUGGGGGUCUACAGAAUCAUUGUGGAUCAUGGGAAGGCUUUCUUAAUCUUUGAAGUGCUUGAAUAUGGUAUGAAAUGAGUUUUGGAGAAGCAUUGUCUCUUCUAUUCAUCACUAGUUAGAACUCAGUUUCUAUCAACAGAUAUUGGGGACAACAUCUGCCUCAAAACGCUACCCACUGAUUUGGGAGCCUACCUGCCUGAUACCUGGUGAACAAAGCCUGUUUAAAGGUGGUAAUGUUCCAUUGGGCACACCUGGUACAUGUUAAGCCAUGGUUCUAGUUCAGACUGUUGAUGCAGGAUGAAGUUCUGUUUUGUAGAGUCCUUUCUACCUCUGCAACACAGCCUCCAUAACAGCAUCAUAAAAACCUCCCAGGUGAAGUAAUCCAGUCUCUGCUUAUUAGAAAAUGUCAGUUUGGAAAAGAAUGCAUGUAAACUUGUUAACUGCCUCUGUAUCUAAGUUCGUAGUGCUUACUAGAGCCAGUGUGGUGUAGUGGUUAAGAGCGGUAGUCUCAUAAUCUGGGGAACCGGGUUCACGUCUUCGCUCCUCCACAUGCAGCUGCUGGGUGACCUUGGGCCAGUCACACUUCUCUGAAGUCUCUCAGCCUCACUCACCUCACAGAGUGUUUGUUGUGGGGGAGGAAGGGAAAGGAGAUUGUUAGCCGCUUUGAGACUUCUUAGGGUAGUGAUAAAGCGGGAUAUCAAAUUCAAACUACUACUACUACUACUACUACUACUACUACUACUCUUCUUCUUCUUCUUCUUCUUCUUCUUCUUCUUCUUCUUCUUCUUCUUCUUCUUCUUCUCAUAAGUAAAAAGGAAAGGCAACAGUUUGAAUCAACCCACUUUAAAACAUGCCAAAUGCCAACCUUCUCUUCAAGCUGAUUCAUGGUGUACCGUGUAACAGUCUCUUCUCUUUCUUCUUCUCCAGUGAUUCGCAAAUUUGAAGUGGUGGUGGUACAGCCUGCUAUCAUCUAUUCAGCAGACAGCAACUUUCCUCUAAAAGUCUGUGGCAGGUAUACAUAUCAGAGCACUCAUCACUUUAUUUGGGAGGGCAGAGCAGAGCUCAUGACCUCAUUUGAGCGUUAUUUAGCUGUUUAUCUACUUUUUCUCUGUUGGAAUGAGACUGGAGUAGUCCACACCUGCAAGUAUUUGAACUUAUCUAUGAGGAACAAUUUUGGUCUUUCCCGUUCAUUCCCUUUUGUGUUUCCCCUGUCUUUUGGUUUGUUGAUUUUGUUAUGUCGUCUAAAUGCCAAUAGGGCAUGCAAGCUGCACAUGCACCUUGUUUUGUUUUUUAAAUUCCCAGGAAGUGCACAAAAGCACACAGUCAGGCAAUUGUAAAUUCCCAUCACACACUUUUGCAGUUUCCCGGUUUUGUGCAAAUCUGAUAGUUGCACAUGCUCCCCAGUCUCUGAGCAAGGAGCAACUCCAGGGGUUUCCAGUGCUUUCCAGGGUCCAGUUUCCCUGGAAUGAAGCUCAGCGGAGACUGUGAUGUUUUUAGGAUAUAUGGUUUUAUUUACACAUAUCUACAACCUGAGCCUAGAAUGGAGGGACUCACAGCAUUAACACCAUGGAUGCAGACAAAGGAGCUAAGAUGAAUCUAAGCAGUGAAUACAAUUAACUACAAAGAUCGAAAGUUUGAUUCCUUUGGAAUAAGAUUUAUAAAUAACUAAGAAUGUUAUUUUUAGCUGAAAGCAAAAUAGUGGGUGGUUUUCAGGCUAAGUGGAGAAGUAUCAAUUAAAACACUGUCUGUGGAAAUUCAAGGAGUAUCACGGCAUAGCUGAAGUCUGUGUGAGUGGCAUAGCGGGGCAGAAAUCAGAUUAUCAGCACACACACCCUCUGAAAAGGUACUCGUGUACCUUUAGCAUUUGCAUGACAAGUACAAAAUUUAACCAGGGAAGAUUUCCCUUGCAUUAAUAUAAAGCAAUAGGGAAAGUUUCUCAUCUUAAUUUUCCAUCUUGAUGCUAUUAAAGACAUAGGGGACCUGCCAAAGAAAAGCUGGCAACUCUAGGCUUGUGUACAGCACAUAGAAAAAGGAAAAUAAAAAGUAAUGGCUGGAUUUAUCUCUACUCCCCGCCUCCCCCUUUCUAGGUACACAUACGGCAAGCCGGUCCAGGGUUUAAUGCAAAUAUCCUUGUGCCAGAAAGCUUACCGUUAUUUCUGGAGGUCACCAGAUACAACAGCUCCACCGCCUACAGACAUCUGCCAGGAUUUCAAAGGGCAGGUAAUGGUGAUCAAGAGGGGUUGGUGGCAUAGCUGUCAACUGUCCCUUAUUUGGCGGGAAAGUCCCUUAUCCCAGCGCCGUGUCCCGCUGCUGUCCCUUAUUGAUGAUGUCCCUUAAAUUUCCCAGGUUUCAAAGGAAGCAGCUCCUCUCCCUCCCUCCCUGCUGGCCAGGGAGGAAGGAGGCUCCAACUGUGUUGCUUGGCUGUGUUGCUCACCCAAUAAGGAGUCUAAGAACGACUGGGGGGUGGAGCUUGCAUGCUUUGUGCCGAUCAAAUCGGCCGUGUUGCCUGGGGACUCGCCUUUGCUCAGCGCUUCCCAGCAGAGAGGUGACGGUGGUUUUCCUUGCUGCAUCCCCUUUGCCGGGUUGCUGCGCUGUGGGAACCACCGCUUGAGGCUUCGUUUGGCUGCUGGUUGACUAAAAUCCCUUAUUUUGGCUGCUGAUCCCUUAUUUUUGAGGCUGGUCCCUUAUUUUCAAAUCUGUAAGUUGACAGCUAUGCCAAGUUGGUGGUAUGACUGGGAGAGAAAAAGCUCUAGGGCUGGAGGACAGUGGAAAUGAGGGGGCUCAGGAAUAACCUGAUGCUUCCAAAAAUCUUAAAUGUGCCAUCCCAGGUGAGGCCCUGGCUUGGAAAGGAAGCUUAUCCUGUAUUUUUCCACUGGCCUGAAAUUUUCUCUUCGGUACUCCAGUUAUUAGCUAGAUUCUGACGUUCAUUAAUUUCUACUAUUCACUAAUAGACUCUAGUACCCCAAAUCUGUAACAAGCUUCUGAGGAGUAGGAGGAAGGCUCCAUAAAUGUGUGUUCUUUCCCGAAGCCAGUGAUUGGCAUCUUAGCUACCUUCACUGACUGUUUAUUUCAGACUGACAGGACUGGCUGCUUCUCUGCUGUUGUGGAAUUGUCACAGUUCAGACCUUCGAGCUACGAAUACAGCCACAGCAUAGAUGUGGAGGCCUCCUUGGAAGAAGCUGGAACAGGUAAGCUCUGGUGUUUGCAGGGAUAUGAGGAGCGAGGGGUGUGCGUGUUGGAGUGCAGGUGAGAGACUGAGCAAAGGAAAUAUCUCCUUUCAAAUCUGCUUGUGGUUUGGGGAACACCCUCACCCAAAAGAGAGAGAGAACGCGAUUAAAGGAAGGCAUGGUUAUCUGUGGAGGUGAAGCCACAGGGCCAUGUACACCACUCAACUUCAGGAGAAGAAAAGGCUAAGGAGUAAACCCCACACAAAUCUGGAGUGGAGUCCCUAAGGCGGUCAGAUGGUACCUUGUACACCUCCUUCUGGCAACUCCUGAAGCCAAGCUGGUGCCAAACGUAUUGCUCUGAUUUCCUUUUGUUGUAAACAAAACCUGCCCUUUUCCCCUUAUGGGGUAUCCAAGAGCCCGUAUAGAGUCCUUACGUGGGUUCCCUAUUGGUAGGAGAAAAUAACAGGCCAACCAGAGAAUAUUGAGAAGCAAAGCAGCUAGUAAGCCUGAUCUUUAUUAAAGCUGUUGCAACAGGGUGCUCCCCUCAUCCGCAGGAGAGGAGGAGGAACCCAGAACCCAGGUGUGCCUGCCCUUAUAUAGACAUUUUAAAUUCCCUGCUCUGGAGCUCAAGACCACCCCUCCAUACAUCAUACCUGCAUCACAGCAGGGGUGUAACCCAAGACCACCCCCCACAAACAUCAUACCUACAUCACAGAAAAGGUGGUCUACAACAGAAAUUUGAAUGCUGUUGUUUUUCCUGUCUGUCAGGUUAUCUGAUAAUGCCUUAUCUGAUUGCCUUUCCUGGUAGUCUGGCCAUUCCUUUGAGAUGGUGAUUUCCCAAUUCCUGAGACAAUGGGAAGGUUCCUUCACCCCCUCCCUCCUUGCAUAGAAAACAUUUGGUCAGUUUGGGAGUCAAAAUGGUUUCAGGUCGGUCUUCCUGUGUUGAUCUAUGUACGCGCUUGGUUGGUACAUUUAUGAACAUUUAUUAUAUAUAUAAGACCUUAAACUUUAUUAUUACACUUUGCACCACAACAGCAAGGCUGAGAGGGCAGUCUUGUUGUCUGGGCAGCCCAGGACCUCGAUACACACUGCCCCAGAGAUGUCACUUUGGUACUGCUAACGCCAUGGUUUACUUCACCCCUGACUAUUGAGACAAUAGGGUGCCAACAAUGAGUUGCUGGCCCAACUUGGGCAUUUGUCUUAUGCGUUGAAAAGGUCCUGCUAUGUUGCACAGUGAGCCUCCUUGUGUAGAACAGGCUCCUCGCCGGGCAAAUGGUUGCCCUCCAACCCAUGGAGCAGGAAAUGGCAACAGGGGGUGGAGUUAUCAAGCUUGUCCCUGCUCUCUCCCUUCCCCCACCCUCGUGUUGAUUCAACACAGAGAACUUAUGCCUGAAUAGGGCUAUAGACAAGUAGUGUUCUUUCUCCCUGUCAUCUGCAAAGCCAUGUCUUAGUUUCUGUUUCUUGGUUGCACAACAGAAUGCUUUGAACCAACCUUUUUAAAAAGAGGAAAAAAUAACCAUACGUUGGCAUCUACUGAGUGCCAGUACUCUAAGGUCUCUACUACCUAUGGUUGAAUAAUCCACCAUCAUUGACUAGUUCUGGUCUGUAUCAGUUAGGAUUGCAGAGUAUUCUGGUUAAUAUUGGAGCUCAUUUUUUCCCCCAGGACGAUGUGUGCAUGCUGUGUUAUACUUUGCAAAAAUAUCCGACACUGCUAGGCAGGGUUUUCUGUGUUUGUUUUUUACAGGAGUACAAGCAAAUGUUGCUCGUCAAUUCUAUAUGUCUGAUCAAGCUGGAUCUAUGAACUUUGUGGAGACAGAUGAUUACUACCAUCAAGGUUAUCCCUUCAGGGGAAAGGUAAUGCCUAUAAUUUUUAAGAACUUCCUAGUACUCUUUGGUGCAAUAUUACAAAUGAGCUCAAUUGAACACAGGAUUUCAAACAAACACUCUCCUGCCAAACCUCCUUGCCCUCCCUUUACACCUGGUGAAAUCAGCCAUCCCUUUAUACCUUGCCAACCCUUCAUACCUCUCCCUUUACAUCUCACCUGCCUCAGAACUUGCCAUACUUCUUCAUCUUGCCUGGUCUGUGGUCCUGGGUCACUUCCCUGCCUGUGUAUCCAUCCUCUAGUUCCCUCCUCUUCAUCUCACCUGGGUCUGCAUCUCCAUCUCUCAUCUCUUCUUGCCACACCUGUGCCAUCCGCCCUCCUAGCAGCUCAGGAGCUCACCACACUAGACUUUGCAAAACCACCUGUCUGUGGCCAAGCAAACUGCAGUGUGACAACAUCAUUACAAUUUUAUAUAUUGGAGAGAAAACCCAUCUUCUCCCCCAUUUUGGGAAGAUUCUCUUUGCUCUGAAAGUCCUCUUUCUUUUGCAUCUGAUCUAUCACCUAAACCCUCUAAUAGAGGACUUGUUUUCUAAAUGUUUCUUGAAGACUAUGACGGAUGUCAUGAGGCAGCUGAGAAGCAACCGUGGAUAAUUUCAGUGAUGUAAGUAAAUCUCAGCUCUCUUCCUCUUUCUCCUCACAGCUCAAAGCCCUGCAAAGAGACGGCUCCAUCAUGAAGAACCACGAUGUGUUCUUAGUAAUUCAUUUAAAUAACAACCAGACCAACAUGCUGCUUACUACUGACAGCAAUGGCAUAGCUGAGUUUUCGUUAGACACAGAAGCAUGGAAUGGGAAGGGGGUCUCUCUGGAGGUGAGGAUACUACUCUGCAUUCUGUGUACACCACAUAGCAAGAAGCAAAGGCAUGGCUUCAGAACAAGACUCCAAAAACAUUCUCUCCAGACUUCCUUGUUUCCAUGAGAAACCUUGAAUGGAAAAGCCAUGCUUGGAAUUUGCUCCAGCUCCUAGACUAUAACACAUAGUAAAGUGUGAUGGACAAAUGGCAUUUUUUCUAGCUUCUCCUUCCAACUGCCUAUUAAUCAGCAGAGAACAAAGUACAUCUGGAGGAUAAUUAAUGUAAUGCAGUUAGGGUGGUAAAAAUUAUUUCUAUGCCACUUUUCUGCUAUAGACCACCCCUCCCCCAAAUCAGAAUGUGUAUGGUUUAAAAGACAGAAUAAGCAAUGAUAUCAAACUUUCAUUAACAUUCUAUAAACCAGGCUUGUUCAACUUCCAAGAGACUGCAAUCUACUCCCACUAUAAAAAAAACUGGCAGUGAUCUACCCACUGGAUUCUGGAUUGAACAAAAUUGUUGAGCUUUAUUUGGGAGAUCAUCAAAGUUGUUUUUAGGGGGGGAGGGGUCCCAAGAUCUACCAUGAUCUACCACAGGCACCCCGAAAUCGUGAUCUACCUGUUGGCCAUAUAAACCAUAAAACUCUGACCAGUUUGCCUAGCAGUAAGGUGGCGCUGUGGGUUAAACCACAGAGCCUAGGGCUUGCCGAUCAGAAGGUCGGCAGUUUGAAUCCCCACAACGGGGUGAGCUCCCGUUGCUUGGUCCCAGCUCCUGCCAACCUAGCAGUUCAAAAGCACGAAGUACAAGUAGAUAAAUAGGUACCACUCUGGCAGGAAGGCAAAUGGUGUUUCCGUGUGCUGCUCUGGUUCCCCAGAAGCGGCUUAGUCAUGCUGGCCACAUGACCUGGAAGCUGUAUGCCGGCUCCCUCGACCAAUAAAGUGAGAUGAGCGCCGCAACCCCAGAGUCGUCCACGACUGGACCUAAUGGUCAGGGGUCCCUUUACCUUUACCUUUAAGGAAGCAGAAUAAGACACAAGUCCUCAGCAGCCAUACAUCAGACAAGCAUGGCAGGUGGAGCAGAGUCCACUCUGGAUAUAUUAGCAGGGGAUCAGAUGCAGGAAGGGAAUCACUAAGAACUGGGUGGGAAAGGAGGAGAAGCUAGGAACAGGAGCUGAUCAUCUUAAAUUGCCUGUAAGCCACGCUUGUGGUGCUUUAUGGAAGAGGAAGCAGAUGGGAGACAUACUGUGAAGGAGCACUCUGUGCAACAUGGGUCUUGCAUUGUCAAUACAAUACAAAGCCAUUUUGGGACAGAGAUGUUCUAGGCCUGAAGUGUGAUAGUGGCUGUAUCCUCUUUCAUACAAGGAUCAGUUCUGCUUCUCCCCACUUCCCACCAGAUGGUAGUGUUGCAUCAAACAUAUCUUGAGUCAAGACAGCUGCUAAUUUAAUAGACACAAGCAGGGCUUUUUGCAGCCAGAACUCAUCGAAAUUCCAUUCCAGCCCCUCUCAGGUGGGCUUCCCAGUCGAAGAGAAUGAGGGAGGUGUUCAUAGUGAGUUCCAGCACCUCUUUCUCUAGAAAAAUAGCAGUGGACGCAAGCAUCUAAUUACGGCUGUCACCUGAAUCAAUCAAUUAAAUAACCCUGUAUACAGUUACACAUGAAUAGAAAAAUAAUUUUGAAGAAAGAAAUGCAUACUGAAUUUGGCUUUAGGUGCUGCUUGCUGCAACAUACGCUCUCCUAAUCUUAGGUCUUAACUUCACAUGCCAAAUGGUUAGCAAUAAAGUUGUGAUUUGAUAUUUUUUUUUUUGUAAAUUAAAGACCAGCAACAUCCCCCUUACCCCAGAUUGUUGUCACAAUUGCAGCAUAUGGAGAGGGGAGGUUUAAACCUUCCCUCCCCAUUCAUCCCCCCCCCCCAGCACAUUUAUCGUUUGGGGAUCUUCCAUUGGCACCAAUGUGUGGGGUGGGGAUUCAGAGAUCAUGGAUGGGGAGGGAAGCACUUAAAUCUCCCCUCUCCAUGUGCUGUGCUCAUGAUAAUAAUAAGGGAGGGAAACCUAGAAUUUAUUUAUUUUUUCACACACAACGUGAUUGUUUUUGAUUUGAGUUUCUACUGAAAGGAGGCUGCAUUUUAAUGUUGUAUUUUAAUCUUGUUUUUAAGUUGUAUUUUAAUCAAUUAUUUUUAUACCUGGUGUUAGCCGCCCUGAGCCCGGUCUUGGCUGGGGAGGGCGGGGUAUAAAUAAAAAGUUAAUAAUAAUAAUAAUGCCAUCAAUGUUAUGUAUAGUUUGAGAAGAAGCACUCCCUCAUUAUGAGAGUGAAGGAUAAUACCUCUUUUAAGACUUUUAAUAUUUUUAAGAUGAAAAUUAAAGAUUCCACAUGUCUCCUGAUUUCUUAGGGAGUCUUUUUGUCGGUAGUCAAAGUUUUUUUGAUCAGUCACUUUAACUGGUUGUUUGACCAAAGGCUGCAACUUUAUCUCUUUCCCAGGGAAGACUCCAAAUGGAGGAUCCAGUAUAUGAACCAGGGAAAAUCAAUCAGUACCACCAGAACGCUUUCCUCUAUCUACAGCCUUACUACACCACGGCAAAGAGCUCUGUGAAAGUCCGGCGGGUGCCAGGGGUAGUGCCUUGCAAUCAGGAGCAGGAGAUUCAAGUGGAUUACAGCAUUAAGGACAGUGAUCUAGGCGAAGAAGGCAAAGCAAAAGGAAUCCCCUUCUCUUACUAUGUGAGCAUCCUGACUGAGGAGAGAAGGCCAGGGUUGGCAAGACAAAAAAGCAACAGCCCAAAACUAGCUGGCCAAAGAGAGAGGACAGGACUUCAGUUUUCACCUUUCCUGGUUCAAUUCUUGGAGUGUUUUCCAGGAGUAUAAUAAUAAUAAUAAUAAUAAUAAUAAUAAUAAUAAUAAUAAUUUAUUUGAACCCUACCCAUCUGACUGGGUUGCCCCAGCCACUCUGGGGGGCUUCCAGAAUAUAUAAAAACAUAGUAAAACAUUAAACCUUAAAAAGUUUCCCUAUACAGGGCUGCCUUCAGAAGUUUCCUAAAUGUUAUCUUCUUCUUCUUCUUCUUCUUCUUCUUCUUCUUCUUCUUCUCCUCCUCCUCCUCCUCCUCCUCCUCCUCCUCCUCUUCUUCUUCUUCUUCUUCUUCUUCUUCUUCUUCUUCUUCUUCUUCUCAUUCAUUCAUUCCCUGCCCAUCUGAUGGGUUUCCCCAGCCACUCUGGGCAGCUCCCAACAGAAUAUUUUAAAAAAUGGUAAAGCAUCAAACAUUAAAAACUUCCCUAAACAGGGCUGCCUUCAGAUGUCUUCUAAAAGUCAGAUAGUUGUUUACUUCCUUGACAUCUGAAGGGCGGGUGCCACUACCAAGAAGGCCCUCUGUCUGGUUCUCUGUAGUCUCACUUUUCGCAGUGAGGGAACCACCAGAAGGCCCUCGGAGCUGGACCUCAGUGUCUGGGCUGAACAAUGGGGGUGGAGAUGCUCCUUCAGGUAUACUGGGCCGAGGCCGUUUAGGUCCUUUCCUCUACUGCCUCCACACUAGUGCCCUAAUGUCUUUGGCAUCAAAACAUCUGCCGCCUGAGAAAUAUGUCUGUUAAGAGUGUCCCUUUCUGGAUGUUUUCAUCCUGUAUAUGCUUCUUCCUUCCCCAGGUGACAGGAAGGGGAAAAAUCCUUAUGCAUGGACAAAAGAAUGUGGGUGGUGAUGGGGGAGGUAAGUCUAUCUGUCAAAUCCCUCCCCACAUCUGCAUGUUUGAUUCGCUCACAAUUGGGUAUACACGUGACACUGGGAAAUAGUUAAAUCAAUCAAUUUAAACUGCAAAAAGGAGCUAAGGGUGGGGGGGAAUGGCCUGAUUAAAUAAUUAAAAUUAUUAUUUGUAGGAUUGCAAUAACACUUGUAGUUUAAUGUUGAAUUUCGGGUAUAAUGGAGAUUUUAAAAAUUUGGAUUAAUAGACAAGAUGCAGGAGGAAAAGGUUAUUAAUAUAAGGACCCACAAAGGGGAGGAGGGAAGUUCAGGAGACUCUUCAUAAUUCUCUUUUUAUGUAAAAUAUUUUUUAUUUAUUUUAUUUUAUUAAACUAAAUAAAAUUUUAAAGAGAGAGAGAGGGAGGAGGUUUGAAGGGAGAGUUUGUGGUGGAGUUUGGUGGAUUUCUGUGACUUUUUGGCAGAGUUUGGCUUUUUAGAUGGUGUUCCCACUAGACUACUAUAUGGACAAUACCUGGGAAUGUAAGUGGUGAAACACUUAUAUUUUGUAUUAGACUAGAGUGGGGGGCAGGUUAAAGGAGAUGUCUUGUGAAGGAGAAGGGAGAGAAUAAAGAGUGGUGGAUUGAAAGUCUGGGGUUUGGUGUGGAUUAAGGAGUCAUAUUGAUGACUGAAUCCUCCACUCUGAAACCUUCCUCCCCUCUUUCAGGUCUGCAAGGAUCCUUCUCCAUUUCAUUGCCCUUCACCUCCGACUUUGCACCACAACCAUCCUUGGUCGUUUAUUCUCUCUUCCACGAUGGAGGCGCCAUUGCAGACAAAGUCAGCUUUGAAGUGUCCAUGUGCUUCAAAAACCAGGUGAGCCGUAAACAUGAGAGAUUAUCUGAGAGGCUGUAAUCCCAGCCCAUACAUCUGACUCCCACCCACCCCGCCCCUUUGAUAUUGAGGUCUUGCACAAAACCUCUUUAUCACUUUUGCACUCUUGUGCAAGACCUCUGGAUUAUUAUUUUAAUGAAAAACAAAGGGUAGCUCUGUUUUGUAAUCCCUUCUUUGAUAGCAGAGCUGAUCUGAGUGUCCUAUGACAUUACAAUUUCCUGCUUUCCUUUCUGGGAAGGGACAAAAGCCACAGCCCAGGUACAUUCCACCAAGACCCACUUACUGGUGUGGAUGGCAAGCAGUAGAACUGAAUGUCAUCAGACAUGACUGGGGGGAAAUAACCGGAAUACGUGGGUGUGAUGUUAACAUAUGAGAGUGCUGGAGGUGAAAUAGUUAAACAGGUUACCCAAUCAGAACCCAGGGGGGCGGAGUCAGAGGGAUUAUAAAACCAGCUCUGGAAGGGGCGAAGGAGGGAGUUUGUUGGGAGUUGGGUGGUUGGUUGGAGUGGGAGUGAAUUGGGAUAGAGUCUGUGGGGAGGUUGAGUUAGUGUAGCGAAAUAAGCUGAGUCAGGAACAUCUAGGGGCUAGGAAGACAAGUAAAUAUCUGAGAGGUGGUUUAGUGAGUGAGAGCAGGUAGCGGAAGUUAUAGGUCUGGAUAGGCACCCCAUGAAAGUAAUUGACUGAUACCGUUUAUGAAACCACAUGCUUGUUAAAUUGCAAUAAAUAAACAGAAGUUUAUGUUCCAAUUUAACCCUGACUGGACUCAGUAUUGUACCAGGUAGGGCCUGGGUGGUGGUAACGAGAAAUCAAGUGGUGGCGCAGGGAUCAAUAGACAGUGAAACGUCCGGGGAUCCUGUGUGAUCGCCACAGGAAAGUGGCUCUCAUGCGCCAAUCACGUACCCAGAAAAUGGGGGGGGGGGAGAUCCAAGGUACCCCUUUGCAAGUACACCGCUGCCUUGAAGCACAUGGAAACUUGAUUUUAAUUUUUUUUAAGGCAGGGCAGGGUAAGGUUUUUAAAAAGUGGUCAGAUGAUUUAUAUCCUCCCGUCUCCCACCCACACAUGUGUGUCACAUCCACUGGUGUGGACAGAACAUAGCAGGAUGUGCAGACUCACAAAGUAUGGUACCCCCAGCUGUGUGGAAAGUCAGUUGCAAUUUCCCAUGUCUCAUACAGUGAAAGAGCAAUGAAUGGUGUUAGGAGCUACCAUCAUGAUUGGAAGAAAUAUGAUUUGGGACUAAUACACACACACACAAGCGAGGAAGGAAGUAGCUGGGGCUGCCAUACGUCUGGAUUUUCCCAGACACAUCUGGGAAUCGGGUUCUGAAAAUGGCGUCCGGGUGGAUUUUUGCCAAAUUGACAAAAUGUCUGGGAUAUCUUGGACGAAUGGCAAGUAGGGUGAUUAAAAAUAAAAAAGCUUUAAAAAUUAAAAAAGCCUAAAAACUUAAUGGGGGGGAGAGAUGUUCCCCCCAAAAAGCUCAAAAAUUUUGUCCGGAUUUUCACUUUGGGGAAUAUGGCAAACCUAUAGUAGCACUGUAGAAAAUUAAGAGUUAUUAAAGGGAGCUUAUUGGGGGCAGGGAGAUCUCAUGUGAGGUGCACUCUCCCUGAGGUGCAUUUUCUCAUGUGAGUAAACAGUAAAAAUAGUCUAUCCAGUCUUAAUCUGUUAGUAAAUGUUAUAUCUUCUUCUUCUUUAUUUAUAUAUGCCUUUUUUCCAAACUGGAAUUCUCGGUGGCUUACACAAAUUAAAACAACACAGAUAAAACACACAGAGCUAAAAAGAUAUACAGGAUAAUUGUGAAAAAGAAAUUAAACUCUCAUACAAUGAAAAUAAUAUACAGAUUAAAUACAUAUAUUUAACACAACAUUUAAAGGUUAGAGAAAGUUUCAUGCACCAGUGCCACAACUGAGUCAGACAGAUGUUUUCUGGGUUGCCCAUUCUAAAAUAGGAUUGUCUGCUUGGUAAAUACUUGUCUAUGGUUUCAUGCCCCCUGCUUUGUUUUGGCACUUCUGAUUCUGAGCAUUCACUUCUGCAGGUCAGCCUGGGGUUAUCUCAGCAGCAGGAGCUUCCCGGAACAAGCAUCAACCUUGAACUGAAGGCAACACCUGGGUCACUGUGUGCCAUUCGGGCUGUGGACCAAAGUGUCUUGCUCCUCAGGAAUGACAGAGACUUCACCAACACAACCGUAAGGCAGAGAGAGAAUGAAUGAAACUGAGAUGUGAUGGGCAGGGUUGGGCACUUAUGCACUGUACAUGUACUCCCAUUACACACACACAUACACACACUAACAUAAUUGUCAUUCACAAUAAAAGGGUGAAUUGUUCACAGGGUGAGAGAAUAAACUUCUUAAGAAAACAGCUGCUGAAUUUUCCACCCCAGUUCCUGGGCAUUUGUGCAUCAGGUUCGUUUGAGAGGAGCACAGAGAAAGGCGUUCUUGAGAAAUUUUCUCAAGUUUUCCAAGAGCAUUUUCCUAGCCAUGGCGGUCUUUCUCCCCAAAGUCCUUUUCUGGGCAAUAACAUAUCACUUGCUAGUGCAUUCUCUUGCUUAAUUUGAAAAAAACUCACUUGCACCCACUUGCUUUUCCUCCUGUAGAUGGCUGGAAAAUAAGUGUCUGUGUAUUAUUUUGAUGUAGUGCAUCAAUUUCUUCUUGGGCAGCCUUUCUCCAUAAAUGAGCAUUUGCUGAAUUUCUUUGCAAUCAGGCGAUUCAUGAGGCUGCAUUGUCCUUGCAGUGUAGGACAAGUGGAAUGCCAUUACUAGCACUUGUCGGGAUGCUGUCAGCGGCUCCCAGCUGGCUGGCCCAGGAAAGUAUAAAGACAAGGAAAAGUUUCUUACCAUCCUUUUUUAUUUCAAUCUUUACAGAGAGAGGCUAUAGAACCCAGCCUCUUGGAUAAUGGCCUUGUCCCGAGUGAAUCUCCACCCCCUUCUCUCCCACUUCCUCAUUUGUCACUUCUACGGAUGCUGCUACAUGCCCUCUGUCUUUGAGCUCUUUGCUCUCCUACUUUUAAGGCUUGCCGGGUUCUGGGAGAUGGAGGGUCUAGAAUGCUUUCUAGUGACAAUGUGUCAGCCAGCAGCCCCUCUGAUUCUGCCUCCUCCUCUCCCAUUAUUUCCCAACUUUCCCCCUCAUCUGCCUCUGAGUUGUGACCUCCUGCAAACCACUAUUGUAAAUCUAUACUGUCUUCCUCUUCCUCCUCCCUGGAAGGGUCAAGAUGGGGAGGUGGUCUCCACCAUUCCUCCUCUGCCCAGUCCCCGACAGCGCCUGGUAUCCAGAUUUGAAACUACAUCAGUAUCCUCAUCACAUUCAGAGUUUGGCAUUUCCCCAUCCCGCUGUCCUUCGACCCCUUCAUCAUUACCGUUGCUAGGAGUUUGGAGAUCUACUCCUUCUUCUUUCUCAUCUCCAGAUCUACGUGGUGUAACUUUGGAAAUUGAAUUUGGUUAUUCAGUUGUAAGUUUUGGGAAAUAUAUGAGAACUUGCGAUUUAUUCUCUGAUGGUUUAGAAUCGUCAGAUAUAGAUCCUUUCAUAUCUACCCUCAGCAACUUAAUUCACAUCCUUUUGCUUGACACGCCAUGUGUUCCUUUGCAGGUGUAUGACAGGUUCUACUUCCUAGGUGGGUAUCCUUAUCAAGUCACCGAGUACGAUCACUGUGAUGGACUAGGACCAAUCGGCGACCCUAUGCCACUGGCACGAAGCAAGCGCUACAGCUGGAGACCCUGGUUUGAUGAUGGUGGGGUAGACUUCUUCAGUUUCCUCAAAGUAAGUGCCCUUUAUUAUGCAGUUUUCAACUGGAAUAGGGGAGUUAGUGUAGAAGAGGCACUGAACAGCAUUCAGGGAUUCCCAGAUCCAGAUUAAAUUUAAGAAAAACCAGGCUGGCAUUUUGAUGAUGAACCUGUGUGAAAAUGGCACGUGCCAGCUGUUGAGGUUGCCCAGCAAACUCCCUUUUGGAAACAACCCAUUAUUCAUUUCAUAUCCCUUUAAGAAAUUGUGUGUGUCGCUAACCCUAGAGAAGGGGAGAAGGAGGGAGGAAAGGAAGACAUGAGUGCUGUAUGGAUAGAUGGAAGAAGGUAUAAAAAAAGCUGGCACCAUUGACCUGCGCAGCUAAUGCGAUUCCUUUCCUUGGUCUCUCUCACCACUGACAGGUUAUGGGGCUGAAAGUCUUGUCAAACAACAAAAUUAAGAAGCCAGCAACAUGCAGGCACCACUACUCUCCCUAUGGCAUGGUCGCUUCAAGUAAGGAGGUUUCCAAUUCCAGAUUAUUGGUGUAUGUAUCUGUGCUUACCAUGUUGAAGGUGGUUUAACACUAGGGCUUAGCCACAUUUCUCUUUUGGUCCACUCUUUCAAGGCAGAAGUCUAAGCAUUUCUGUUUUGUUGGAGCAGGGUUGCUUGGAGGAGGUUUGCAGUCAGGGAGUAGACCGGCCCUCGCAUCUGAAUCCCGUCCUUGGUUGUCAGACGCAGACAUCGAUGCUCAAGUCCGCCAGAACUUCCCUGAGACCUGGAUCUGGAAGCUGUACAAUGUUGAGUAAGUUUUGAUUAAUUCCUGAUUAAUUCCUGCCUGGGGGGAAGGGAGGGGCAGCUCUGUUAGGAUAUAGUUCCGUUCCACCUUAAAAGGGUACAGGCAUGACUGUUGUGUGUCACAUGCCCGUUUACUUCCAGCACAGAUCUUGCUGAGAACUUCCGUUUGUAUAUUCCUUUUAUGUUACGGCUGUUUUGCUGGAGACGAAGGGAAGCAGACAUGUUUUCCUCUGUCCCUGAACUAUGCUGAAUAAAAUGCUGUACAGUGGUACCUCGGGUUACAUACGCUUCAGGUUACAUACGCUUCUAUUAAUAUGUAAAUGUAUACAGUGGUACCUCGGGUUACAUACGCUUCAGGUUACAUAUGCUUCAGGUUACAGACUCCGCUAACCCAGAAAUAGUACCUCAGGUUAAGAACUUUGCUUCAAGAUGAGAACAGAAAUCGUGCUCUGGCGGCGCAGCGGCAGCAGGAGGCCCCAUUAGCUAAAGUGGUGCUUCAGGUUAAGAACAGUUUCAGGUUAAGAACGGACCUCCGGAACGAAUUAAGUACUUAACCCGAGGUACCACUGUACAUUAUGCUUACACAUUUCUCUGUCUGCCUCUUCUGCUGUGAGAAGAUUUUCACACUCUGCUGAUAGAACGUGCACGGGUCUCUAAAUGUAUCUGAGGCUCGUGUCGCUGAUUGAUGCUGUUCCAAGGGAGACCGUCUGCCGGCUGGUAGCUGGAGCCAGCUGGGGGCCUGCCUGAUGCCCCCAUCUCCCUGGCAGUAUCCCAACAAGCUCCACCCCCCAAUCAAUUAAAAUCAAUAAAAUACAUAGCAAACUGAGGUUCUGCCCCCCCAAAGACCUGCUCCCCACAACAAAAAUCCUGGCUACACCCAUGUUCUUGAGAUGGGCUUCUCCCAGAUCUUGUGUUUAAAUUACCGUAUUUUUCGCUCUAUAAGACGCACCAGACCAUAAGACGCAGCUAGUUUUUAGAGGGGGAAAACAAGAAACAAGAAAGCAACGCAAAGCCUCUUGAGGGAAGAGGCAGGAGCGCUCCUGCUGCGCUCAAGAGGCUUUGCGUGGCUAUCCCUGAAGCCAGAAGAGCAAGAAGGAUCGGUGCACACCGAUCCCUCUCACUGUUCUGACUUCUGGGAUAGCUGCGCAGCCGGCAUUCGCUCCAUAAGAUGCACACACAUUUCCCCUUACUUUUUAAGAGGGAAAAAGUGUGUCUUAUAGAGCAGAAAAUACGGUACAUUUCUCCCUGUUUUAAGUGAAAUAAAUACGGCAACAUUAACGGCAGCCAAAUAUAUCACACAAUACUGGGAUUUCUACUCGCAUUUCUAUUCCAUGGUACAUGCUCAUGGUCAGUGCUUUUUUUUCUAAAAAAAUGUUUAGGGGUACUCUCAUUUUGACUCAAGAAAAUCACCAUUUUCUAGUUCAAAUCGGGGGAAAUAAAUACAGUAAAUGGACAAAAGUACAAAGAUGCACAAAAUGUUUAGGGGUAUGCAUACCCCUGCGUAUCCCCAGAAAAAAAAGCACUGCUCAUGGUACAUAUUAGGAAGGAAGAAGAAAAUACGAAGGUGACACUCUUUCUUCUUGCAGCUUGUCCUAACUCCAGAAAAUACUAAGGCCUUACAUGACGCUAAAUGUGCAGCGGCCAACCACAUUUGAGGUUUUUGGUUUGCUUGUUUAUUUAAUAGAAAGCAUGGAGGGACUCGGUUUUUAUUGGGACUGCAAUGCAUGGGGAGGUUUUAUCCUUCCCUUCCCCUAUUACCAAAUGCAGCUAAGGGAACUUUUGCAAGGGGCUUGAUCCAGAUUGGGGUUCUGCUGCAGCCCAGGAUCCAGACCAGCCUCUCUGCCCCUGCUAUUUCCAUUCAGUUGUUGUGAAUGGGAACACUUCAUUCAAAUAGCUGGAGAGGGAGGGGUAAAGGGUUAAAUCAUCCACUCCCACCCACCCUGUCCUCCCACGCCAGGUUCCUGACCUUGCUACAAAAGCCAUUCAUGCAAACACAUUGAGUUUGGCAACGAUUUUAGACUGCCCUUCAGUAAGACGGAACCUGAUAAAAGGGCAACUUAACAUUCAAUGCAAAGAAAAACAUAUUUGCCUGGAACCAAAAAGUCAGUACAGCUGGUACUUCCAAAUAGGUAUACCUGGGGUGGACAGGGGUUGCCACCAUAUCAGUGUCCACCUCCCACCUGUGAGGUUACCCAUAAUUUGUCAAGGCCAGCCCUACCAGGUAAAGGGAGGUGGUACAUUACAAGGUGGCAGGUUUUGGGAUACCCCAAAAAGGAAGUGCAUUGUCACCGAUUCAAUUUAUCAUUAUAUUUGACCUUCCUGAAUGACAGGUGCCAUUAUUUGCCUCAAGCAUCAAAAGGUCUUAUGCGAUCUCUGGUCGUGUUCAUCUAAGGGCCAAAUUACAUGGACUUUGACCAUGUGCCCAGCUGCUUUUCUUCAACCCCCCAGAGUGGUGAAAUGAGGAGGCUUCAGCCUAGGACUUGCCGAUCAGAAGGUUGGCGGUUCAAAUCCCUGCUCCUGCCAACCUAGCAGUUUGAAAGCAAGUCCGAGUGCAAGUAGAUAAAUAGGUACCCCUCCAGCGGGAAGGUAAAUGGGCGUUUCCAUGCGCCACUCUGGUUCACCAGAAGUGGCUUAGUCAUGCUGGCCACAUGACCCAGAAGCGGUGCACCGGCUCCCUCGACCAAUAAAGCGAGAUGAGCGCCACAACCCCAGAGUUGGUCACAACUGGACCUGAUGGUCAGGGGUCAGCAUGGAAGAAGCAAUUUAGUUUUUCCUAUGGACAAUCAUGUUUUUGUUUGUUUCAAUUAUGCAAACAAUAAUGCAAAUAAGUUGACACAUCUUACACUAUUCCCCAAACAUAUCAACAGUAAAAAGCAAGCAAACAAACAGAUAGAUAAAUACAUACCGUAUUGGCCGGAAUAUAAGCCUCACUUUCCCCCCAAAUUCCAACCUUGAAAAGUUAAAGUACGGCUUAUAUUUGUGACCUUACGGUAUGCCGCCAGGAGCGCAGGGCAAACAGUGCCAGGAGCGCAGCAAAAUGGCGGCGCCCCACGCAUAGUCCCCCAUCCUCUCCCCCAAGGCCGGGAAGGGGGAGAGAGAGUGCGAGGAAGGGGAAAGGCCGCUGGCAACGCAGAAUGGCUCCCCGCCCCCAAGUAUGCAGCCAGGAGCAGCGAGGAAUGGAGUGGCUUAUAUUCGGGUCUUUUUUUCUUUUUUUCCUCUCCCCCCUCCAAUUUUGAAGGUGCGGCUUAUAUUUGGGCCAAUAUGGUAUUAACCAAACGUGGGCAUGCACUUUUGAAAUGCACGACCUCUGUUGGGGCGGGGGGGGGGCGGGGAGAAAUCUCCCUUUUGCAAGGCAAACUGCCAUCUCCUGCCCUCACUUCCCACAUUCUUUUUAGUCCUUCAGGUGAGAAGUCAGUGGCACUCACAGUUCCAGACACCAUCACUGAAUGGAAAGUCAGUAUGUUCUGCACCUCCCAAAGCAGUGGGUUGGGUAUUUCCCCGCCGGCGAGGCUGACGGUCUUUAAGCCUUUCUUCGUGGAUGUCACCCUGCCCUAUUCCGUGGUUCGUGGAGAGUCAUUUCCAAUGAUCGCCACCGUCUUCAACUAUUUGAAACACUGCAUGUGGGUAAGGAAGAUCUUCACUAAUUCCCCACGCUCUAAGAAUUCAAUUCCUUGUUAAGUAGAGCAGGUGUAUCGCCUCUUUUAAGUCAAAGGGUUGACCAGGUGCCUCAGUGAUAGGAGGGAGGGCAAGGGAUGUGUAAGAGUUUACAGUAGCCCAGACAUAUAAUUUUCCAAUUUUGAUAGCUUUUGGGGGAUUUAUUUAAAAAAAUUAACAAAGCAAAACUAGAUACUGUUUCGUUUUCAUCUAAACCAAAAGGCUAACGAUGAACGAACAAAUUAUAAAAAUGCUAAUAGAUACAGUGUAAAUAUAUGUGUGUAUAUGUGUGUGUGUGUGUGUGUGUGUGUGUGUGUGUGUGUGUGUGUAUGUAUACACACACACAAAUAUAUUAUGGCAUAAGCUGUUGUGGACAAAAAAUAUUCUGAGUAUUUGGAAUUCCACAUUUUAAACUCACUUAACUUAUCAUUGAUUUUGCUUGCUUCCUUGAGCCAGCCACCAGAACUCUCAACCUAACCUACCGUAGCUCACAUGACUCUGAAAAUAUGAGGUAUAAGACUGCUGCAAAGAGGGAGUUAGUGCUUGUGUUAUUGGCAUCAAUUUUUUAUUCCUUUGCUUUCACGGGUUAAAUAGUAAAGAAAAGCACAGGAUCAAUAUUUCUCCUAAUUGUUGAGUUUUAAAACGAAAAUAAAACCUGCUCUCACUAUCCUGUGUUCUGUCCCAAUAUCAAAAUCACUGAGAUAACAAACAUCAUUUUAGGGCACCCUAAACCUGUUCUGGGGGGUUCUCCUGAUCCUCUGGAUCUGAUUUGUGGAGGGUGGGGGUGGGGAGGGGAAGAGGGUGUUAAAUCCCAUUGUGCAAGCUGAAUUCAUUCUGCUUAGGGUCUUGGCUCUUGCAGGCAUACGCCCUGGUAAACUUGCUCCAAUUGCACCAUUAUAAUCCGGCCAUGAGCAGAAUCCGGAGUAAAACUUCCUUCCCUCUUUCCUUUCCCCACUGUUGCAUAGGUUCAGGUUAUCCUGUCCAAGUCUGAAGAUUAUGAGGUGCAGCCAUGCAAGGACUGUGAAUACACAAGUUGCUUAUGUGCUGGUGAAGCGAAGACUUACUCCUGGAAUGUGAAGGCCUCUAAACUGGGUGAGGGGGCCUAAGGAGAGAUGGGCAGAGAGAAGAUGAAUGCACCUGGUCAUAACAGUGUUCCACCUUAAGCAAUAUCCCCAUCUCCUUUCUGUAUGGCAACCAUUAUCCCUCCCACAGUCUGAGCCAUUCCAUCUGUGCAUCUGUCACUAGGCUGCAUUCUGGAACUCAGAAUUCCUGCAUCCCUUAUCUAGAACUCCUUUGCAAAAUCUGGUGCUGGAGGAGGGGAAUGAAGAAUCAGCUCAGCUGCAAUAGCACCUGGGUUUCUGGGUGUUAAUAUUUUGAUGCAAUUGGGGACUUCCUCCUUGAUUCUAACAGUUGUAACUUGGAAGUCGAAUGGAAUCCGUUCCGGAAGUCCAUUCCACUUCGAAAACUUUCGGAAACCAAAGUGCGGCUUCUGAUUAGCUGCAGGAAGCUCCUGCAGCCAAUCGGGAGCCAAUUGGAAGCCCCAUCAGAUGUUUGGGUUCAGUCAGAACACUCACUUCUGGGAUCCAGGGUACAACUGUAUUUGUUGAUGUUCUGUGCCUCUCGCCCAGUGGCACAACAAAAGUACUGAAUGGGGAAACAGGACAAAUCCCUCAACAACCAGUGUGAGGUGACAACCACUUUGCAACUGGGUUGUAAUGGCCAAGGCCAACCAGGGCUGGAUCUAGACGCAUCAAAGAGGCGAUUCAGUUAAGUAUUCAAACUUCAUACAGGGAAAUCCUCUCGGCAGAAAACGGGACUUCAUAGCUCCAUCUGGUGUCAUAGUGUUAUAACACAUGUAAAAUGCUUUAUCUUGACCAAUGUAGCUGAGUCCCAGAUUCCUGUUGUGUAGAGCAGCUGGGACUCAGCUAUACAGCUGCAAGUAAAACGUUUUAAAUGUAUUGUAAAGUGCAAUAUACAAAGGUGACACUAAAUGGCAACAGUGAGCUAUGCAACAGUCAAUGUAUCUUUCAAAACUUUUUUUUAAAAAAAAGUUUCACAGUGUUUUUUAUAUGUGUGUAGAUUCCACCUAGGGGUCUGGUUCUGUCAGUCUUAUUUUGAUAGAGGGUUUUCCUGGCAUGGUAUAACCAAGAACAGGUUGAGGGAAAGUCUCUUACACUCUCCUCUCUCUCUCAGACCCUUUUCCAGAUGACGUUGGUCAUCACAACUUCUGUCUCCCUGAAACCAAAGGAAUUUUAGCUUGUAGUUUCAUUGACUUCAGUAGGACUGAAUCAUGGCUGACUCUAGAUGGAUUGGCCCUAUAUGACUAAUGUUAUAAUCACUGGGCCGCUUACGCAAUAGGCAGGCACUUCACAGGGAAUAAAUCCCAUUUUUUCAGAAGUGUGUGCCUAUUUCAUGUGUGUUGGUAACAUAUAAUUACUACAAAUUUUUUAAAAGUCACAAUGUAUAUUUUUUUUAAAAAAUGCCCCGUAUUUCUUUUUGCCCUUUAAUUUUGAAGUGAAGCAGAAGUGGAGUUAUUUGCCUCUCUGUCUACUGAAAUCUGAAAUUACCCCCAUCUUCUUGGGCUACAGUGUGGAUAGUGUUAUUAUUUAUUUAUUGAAUUUAUUUACUGCCCUAUACCCGCAAGGUCUCAGGGCGGUUCACAGAAUAAAAUCAGAAUAUAAAACCACAAAAUACAUAAUCAAAAUAAAAACGACAACAAUUCUUCCCCUGCUUCCACAAUAAGCCUGCUUCCAUUGAGAAGCAAUACCUUGCUGGUAGCAAGUGAUCUGGUGUUGACUGGGAAACGACAACUAAUCCAGAAUGCUGGCAGCUCUGAGGGCCUUCUAGCGGUUCCCUCACUGCAAGAAGUGAGGUUACAGGGAACCGGGCUGAGGGCCUUCUCGGUAGUGGCACCCGCCCUGUGGAACGCCCUCCCAUCAGAUGUCAAGGAAAUAAACAACUGCCUGACUUUUAGAAGACAUCUGAAGGCAGCCCUGUUUAGGGAAGCUUUUAAUGACUGGUGUUUUAAUGUAUUUUUAAUAUUUUGUCAGAAGCCGCCCAGAGUGGCUGGGGAAACCCAGCCAGGUGGGCGGGGUAUAAAUAAUAAAUUACAGUGGUUAUGAACUUAAUUCCUUCUGGAGGUCCGUUCUUAACCCAAAACCGUUCUUAACAUGAGGCGCGCUUUCGCAAAUGGGGCCUCCCACUGCUGCUGUGUCACCGGCACGCGACUUCCGCUCGCAUCCCAGGGCAAAGUUUGCAACCAAGAGCAUCUACUUCCGGGUUAGCAGAGCUUGUUACCCAACGUGUUCAUAAGGAGGACGGUACAUAACCCGAGGUUCCACUGUAUUACAGUGGUACCUCGGGUUACAUACGCUUCAGGUUACAUACGCUUCAGGUUACAGACUCUGCUAACCCAGAAAUAGUACCUCAGGUUAAGAACUUUGCUUCAGGAUAAGAACAGAAAUCGUGCUCCGGCGGCCCGGCGGCAGCAGGAGGCCCCAUUAGCUAAAGUGGUGCUUCAGGUUAAGAACAGUUUCAGGUUAAGAACAGACCUCCGGAACGAAUUAAGUACUUAACCCGAGUUACCACUCUUUUUAUUAUUAUUAUUAUUAUUAUUAUUAUUAUUAUUAUUAUUUAUCACAGACUGUAAGACAAAGCCCUCUGGAUCAGACCAAAAACCUAUCUAGGUCCCACGUUCUCUUUCCACAGUAGCCAACCAGAAGCCUCUGAGAAAGCCAUCUGACAGCUUAUCCACACUUACCACACUUUUUAUUUUAUAUUUUAUAUUAAUAAAAUUACUCCACAGAGGGAAGCCUCUUGAAGCAGUCUAUCACCUAUCAGCAAUUAUGAGCUGGGCUCAUUAGGAAUUAUCAAGGAGAUCAGGCAGGGAGGAGGGGACCUUAUAGAAAUUGUUCCAUUUCUGACUUCUGAAACAGCGUGUUUUUGCAGGGAUGAACGCAUUUUCUGUCAUUUGCCGUCAGGUGUGAUGAACUUCACUGUCACCACAAUGGCACUCAAAAGUGAGAAACUCUGUGGUGGUGAGCAGACCGCCGUGCCUGGUAAAGGGCCGAAGUGACACCUUGAUCAAGUCUCUCCUUGUCCGGGUGAGUCUAUGAUACAGCAUUUCUUCCUACCUCUGCAAAUCCCCCUCCCUGUGACUAUAUGGAUAGCUCACCUGGUUAGAGCAUGGUCUGAUAAUGCCAAGGUUGCAGGUUCAAUCCCCGUAUGGGAGAGCUGCAUAUUCCUGCAUUGUAGGGGGUUGGACUAGAUGUUCCUCAGGGUCCCUUCCAAUUCUACGAUUCUGUGAUUCCCCCUACAUGAGGCUACUUGAAGUAUGAGAAGUGGGAAGUGACCUAAUAAUAAUAAUAAAUUUUAUUUAUACCCCGCCCUCCCCGGCCAGAGCCAGGCUCAGGGUGGCUAACAACAGUAAAAUUACAGUAAAAAUAUAAUAGGGAAAAGAAAAAGAAAAAACCCAAUUUAAAAUACAGGUUAAAAUGCAAUUUAAUAAUGCAGCCUCAUCAAAACCAUAAGGGGAGGGAAACAUAAGGGUCAGACUGAGUCGGAACCGAAGGCCAGGCAAACAGCUUUGUCUUGCAGGCCCUGUGGAAAGACUAAUAUUCAGUAUAUAUAAUACUCUCUCCCUCUCUCUCUCUAUAUAUAUAUAAUAUACUAGACUAGUAUUCAUGACUACCUGUGCUUCACCUGCUCUUGUGAGAAGGAGGACACGUUCUGAAUGUUCAGCAAGAGAUGUAAAAGGGGGAAAGCGAUUAUUAUUUUUGGAAUGGCCCCUAAUUUCAGGAAAGAGCCUUUUCCUGGGGUUCCCUGGAGAAGGACUGUACACACUCAGAAGUGAAUAUCUUUAUUGUCAGCUCACAAGCAGAACUUGGCAGCAGAAGCAUCAGAGAAGCUUCUGUCCAUUUCCUUCUCAACUGCAAGCAAAAAGAAUACCAUCUUUUUAUUGCUGCUUUCCACUGGCUGACAUUCUUCCACCUUCUUCCACAAGGUGUCUGGGACUAACACCUUCAGAGGAGCACAUAUUACUCUGCUGCUUCUGAAUGACAGAUGUGAAGGGAGGGACUUUUGAGACACGCCCCCCCCCCCCCGCAUGAAACACACCAGGUGUUUAAAUCUGAAGGCUAUGUGAAUAUUUUGAUGGUUUGAAAACUGAUUUUUUUUCUCUGCCUUUCCCUGGCAGCCUGAGGGCGUCCUGGCUGAGAAAGCUCAUAGCUCUCUGUUAUGCCCUGAAGGUCAGUAGCACCUAACACCUUUUAACUUUGGGGACAAAAGAGGUUUCAGGAAUGAAAGGCAAGCUGCAUUCACCACCACUUAGGGCUUAUCCACGUGUGUGUGUGUGUGUGUGUGUGUGUGUGUGUGUGUGUGUGUGUUGGGGGGGACUGCUCUUUAGCACUCAGUUGGCAAUUCAGGUUUCCCCUGAAUCACGACUUUUUCUGAUCUAUCACUAAGUACAAUGGCACCUUGGGUUACAUACGCUUCAGGUUACAUAUGCUUCAGGUUACGCACUCCACUAAGCCAGAAAUAGUGCUUCAGGUUAAGAACUUUGCUUCAGGAUAAGAACAGAAAUCGGGCUCCGGCAGCGCAGCGGCAGCAGGAGGCCCCAUUAGCUAAAGUGGUGCUUCAGGUUAAGAACAGUUUCAGGUUAAGAACGGACCUCCGGAACGAAUUAAGUACUUAACCUGAGGUACCACUGUAGUGGGUUUUCCCUGAUUAGGAAACAAAACAAAACACCAAAUCGCUGGUGCGGGGGCGAGGACUGAGCUGGAAUAGGACAAUGGCUUGGGGCAGGGGUGGGGGUGGGGGAGAAGCUUUGCCCUGCUGCAGCCUUACCCCCAGCUCUGAAUUGUUCCUGCCUAUCCCUGCUAAGGGACGCGGGUGGCACUAUGGGUUAAACCACAGAGCCUAGGACUUGCCGAGCAGAAGGUUGGCGGUUCAAAUCCCCGCAGCAGGGUGAGCUCCCAUUGCUUGGUCCCUGCUCCUGCCAACCUAGCAGUUUGAAAGCACAUCAAAGUGCAAGUAGAUAAAUAGGUACCGCUCCGGCAGGAAGGUAAACGGCGUUUCCAUGCACUGCUUUGGUUCGCCAGAAGCGGCUUAGUCAUGCUGGCCACAUGACCCGGAAGCUGUACGCCGGCUCCCUCGAACAAUAAAGCGAGAUGAGUGCCGCAACCCCAGAGUCUGUCACGACUGGACCUAACGAUCAGGGGUCCCUUUACCUUUACCUUAUUCCAUCUAUUAGGCCUAGAACUUUGUUGGCUUCCCAUCAACCAUAUGAUUCCAAACUGGAACUUAGACUUCAUAACGUGUGGUCUCCCUAAGCUGAAGGCACCUAUGAUGGUUCAAAUCCCUGCAACAGGGUGAGCUCCCAUUGCUUGGUCCCUGCUCCUGCCAACCUAGCAGUUCGAAAGCACGUCAAAGUGCAAGUAGAUAAAUAGGUACCGCUCCGGCAGGAAGGUAAACGGCGUUUCCGUGUGCUGCUUUGGUUCGCUAGAAGCGGCUUAGUCAUGCUGGCCACAUGAUCCGGAAGCUGUACGCCGGCUCCCUUGGCCAAUAAAGCAACAUGAGCGCAGCAACCCCAGAGUCAGCCACGACUGGACCUAAUGGUUAGGGGUCCCUUUACCUUUUAUCCCUGCUAAGCAGAAUGAGAGGAAAGGCCCCACUGUUGCCAAUGGAAGAGCAGGCAUGAGGACUGGGGGCAGUGAGGAAUUCCAUUGCGGUCGAAUUUGGCUUCACUUGCAGAGCUUUCUGUGUACACUUCUGUUACCCUCAAAUUAACCACGUAUUCAUCUCAUUGUCAGGAGGUUCUGCUUCAGAUUCAUUCUCCUUGGAGCUUCCUGAGGAUGUCGUGCCAGAUUCUGCCAGGGCCCAGGUAUCUGUUCUUGGUAAGAAAUCAAGCUGGUUCUGCAACUUACCUGCGCGCUAAGUUUUCAGCAGGUGUAUACAUACAUGAACAAAUGUGGUAGACAUAAGGAGGUAAUGAGAAGAGGCGCAAUGAGUCUGUACCCCCUGUGCACGCAUUCCUCAUGUGCAAGGCAUAAUUGAGUAGAGACUGGAUCAGGGCCACACACUGUCAGCCCUGGCUCUGGCAUCAGAACUUCUUUCUUCAACAGCCAAGUGUUGCGUGUAGUUGUAUGGUAAGCCCAAGAAAACCUUGUUCACAGGCUUCAUUCAGUUAGGAAAUUGGCUGCUGAAGAAAGAAGACUCAACCUUGGUGGCAGGCCCUGCUCUUGUCUGUACAAGGUGCUGCCUUCCAUGCAGCGGCAAAGCAAGCCAAUCAGGUGCCUGGGGUGGCGCGCGUGUCCUGCGCCCAGGGGCGGGGCCAGCCGCGUCACUCCCAGGAAUGUGGUGGUGAAUGGUGGAACAUAUUAUUAUUAUCAUCAUCAUCAUCAUCCUCAUCAUCAUCCCUUCCUACAGACUUGUAGGGCAAAAAGAUGGCUGCCCCCAGGCACAUAUGGCAGCCAUCUUCAUUUCAUACAAGGAUGCUGUGAGCUGCGUGUUAGCCAGCCCAGGGAGAGAAAAAAGCCUAUUUAACUAGAGAACAUUUAUUUGAACUGCACCUAAUGUGCUUUGCAAAGCUCUCUGGGAAUCCAUUUUUGUGCAUUUUUCAGGCCUAGUAGCCAUGGCAUUAUGCCAUUCAAUCACUUCCUCGGAGCAUUUUAAAAGGGAAUCCACUCUGCGUGACCACAGAGCUGCUCUAAGUGUUUUAAAGUUCAAAGAAAGAAGGUUUGAUAGAGCUUCUCCCCAGCUACAUGAUCCCAGCUAAUGAGGGAUUACACUGUAAACAGAAAAUCUUACAUUGCAAUGCAAUCAAACCGAGCUGGUUAUGUGAGGACCAUCACUGCAGAUAAACACAAUCAAUUGCAGACCCUAUUUUCCAGGGACAACCCCAAAUUUACAGAAGCCAACCCGGUUUCUGAUUUGAUCCCAUAAUGUCCCCCUUUUCCUUGGGACGUCCCAGUUCUCAUUGGAGAAAUGUUGGAGGGUAUACAAUUGUUUUGCCCUCGCUCUGAAUGUGAGGGGAGGGAAUCUAUACUGACUGCUGACGGCUACUGGGCUGAUGCUCCCUCUUUUACCACAAUGUGCCAAAUAGGCGCAUAGGAUGCUGACUUACAUCGAAUUACCAUAUUUUUCACUCUAUAAGAUGCACUUUUUCCCUCCUAAAAAGUAAGGGGAAAUGUGUGUGCGUCUUAUGGAGCGAAUGCAGGCUGUGCAGCUAUCCCAGAAGCCAGAACAGGGAGAGGGAUUGCUACGCUCCCUCUCGCUGUUCUAGCUUCUGGCUUAGCCGCACUCUGUCCCUUCCCCCACCUCCCGGAAAAGCCCGCAAGAGCAGCGCUCCCUUUCAAGAGCUGCGCGGAGCGUGUGUGCGGCUCUUGGGGGCUUUUCCCCAAAGAGGGAGAAGGGCAACCCGUCAGUGACAGGCUGCCCUUCUCCCUCCCUGGGGAAAAGCCUGCAAGCACUGCACACACGCUCCACGCGGCUCGUGAACGGGAGAGCUGAGCAGAGCCUGGGAUGCAUACUGGCUCUGCUCAGCGCUCCCUUUAAAGAAUAUUUUUUUUCUUGCAUUCCCCCUCUAAAGACUAGGUGCGUUUUAUGGUCAGGUGCGUCUUAUGGAACGAAAAAUACGGUAGACCAAUGGUCCAUCUAGUUCAGCAUUGUGUACACUGCUUUCAGGGGUUCCAGGCCAGGUUCUCUCUCAAUACAACCUGGGAAUGGCAGGGAUCGAACCUGGAACCUGGAACCCUCUGCCUGCAGAGCAAAUACUCUACCACUGAGCUAUGGCCCUUUGCUAUUGGUUUCAUGAAACUUUGGUCUCGUUGCCUGGGCGACGGGAUCAGAGUUCCACCUAUCCUGCUCUUGAACAUCAUGAGCAUUUCCACUUCCUUUUGCAAGGGGAUUCUUUUCAUUUGUGAAAGCUUCAGUGAAAAUGCCUAUGCCCUUCUUUUUAUACAGGACUACAGUACAGGGUAAGCGACGCGGGUGGCGCUGUGGGUUAAACCACAGAGCCUAGGGCUUGCCGAUCAGAAGGUCGGCGGUUCGAAUCCACGCGAUGGGGUGAGCUCCCGUUGCUCGGUCCCUGCUCCUGCCAACCUAGCAGUUUGAAAGCAAGUGCAAGUAGAUAAAUAGGUACCACUCUGGCAGGAAGGUAAACGGCGUUUCCGUGCGCUGCUCUGGUUCGCCAGAAGCGGCUUAGUCAUGCUGGCCACAUGACCCAGAAGCUGUACGCCGGCUCCUUUGGCCAAUAAAGCGAGAUGAGCGCCGCAACCCCAGAGUCGUCCAAGACUGGACCUAAUGGUCAGGGGUCCCUUUACCUUUACUUACAGUACAGGGUGUGUGAAUGAAUAGUGUGGCAAUGGAAGCAAAGGCCCCUGAGUUGGGUGCAUGCCGUUGGUGAUGGGGAGGGGGCAUUUGGAACAAAUUCUGGGAUAGGGUUGCUCUUUUGUGUCAUGUGACCGAGGGGGGCGGAGCAACGUCCAACCAGUCGGAAAGAGGGUAACUUUGUAUUCACAUCUGGCCAGGUGAUAUCAUGGGGACGGCACUGCAGAACUUGGACAAACUGGUACAGAUGCCCAGUGGUUGCGGGGAGCAAAACAUGGUCUUGUUUGCCCCCAUCAUCUAUGUGCUGCAGUACUUGGAAAACACAGGGCAGAUGGAUGAGGAGCUGAAGACGAAAGCGCUGGGCUACCUGCAGUCAGGUCUGUCAUUUGCUUCUCUAGAGUCCUUUCUGUUGGUGAUAAUUCAGACUGAAAUUCCAAGGUGUCAAAAAAAGGUUAUUUGUGUAUGCCACUACUGCAGCCCAUGUUUUGUUAGCCCCAAAAUGGAAAAUGAGCGAGGUCCCAAACAAAGAAGAGUGGCAACUUGACAGAAUAUGCACAGCUUGCAGAUUUAACAUAUAAAAUAAGAGAACAAGAAUAACAUAGGUUUAAAGAAGACUGGAAAACAUUUAUUGAAUAUAUGGGAAACUUUUAGAAGACAUCUAAAGGCAGCCCUGUUUAGGGAAGCUUUUAAUGUUUAAUAGGUUAUUGUAUUUUAGUGUUCUGUUGGAAGCCGCCCCGAGUGGCUGUAGAAACCCAGCCAGAUUGGUGGGGUAUAAAUAAAUUUUAUUAUUAUUAUUUCACCAACACUAGAGCCAGAUAUAUGGAGAAACAUGACUCAAAGAAGUAGGAGGCCCAGGGUUCGCUCUGAUUGUUUAGAAAUACACAAUCGCUUUGAGGUCCUCUCCCCUAGCAUGGAAGACGAAGAGCAGACUCCAUUUGAGGAUCUCUCCCUCAUUACAGUCGAUCAGGUAUAUGAAGACGAGCAGCAAAGUCAGUCCUCAGGGAAUGUGCAGGCAACCUUGGAACGGGCAGCUCACGGAAGAACCCCGACCAAACCUAAGAGGAGGCGUGUAGUGGUGAUAGGGGAUUCCCUACUGAGGGGAACAGAAGCAGUGAUCUGUGGGCCUGACAAGAUGUCUCGGGAAGUGUGCUGUCUCCCCGGGGCUAAGAUCCAAGAUGUAACUGAACGACUGCAAGGAAUCAUAAAACCCACUGACAAAUACCCCUUCCUCUUGGUUCAUGUGGGAACCAAUGACACUGCAAGCAAUAGCCUCCAGAAGAUCAAAAGAGACUACGAGGCUCUGGGCAGGAAAUUGAAGCAAUUAAAUGCACAAAUUGUGAUCUCAUCUGUCCUCCCAGUUGAACGACGUGGCCCAGGAGAGAGGGGAAAAUAGUGGAAGUGAACAGCUGGCUUCGCAAAUGGUGUAAACAGGAACGGUUUGGAUUCUUAGAUCACGGACUGCAGUUUCUUGAAGAUGGACUUCUGGCAAGCGAUGGGCUGCACCUCACAACGGUUGGGAGAAAUGUUUUUGCCAAAAAUCUCAGAAACCUCAUCAGGAGGGCUUUAAACUGACUAAUGUGGGGAGGGAGACAGUGCUCCUGAAGGUAGGAGUCUAUCAAUUGAUGAAGAUGAUCAUCCAAAUGUCAUAGACCAAAUGGAGCAAACAGCACACAGACCUAGUGGUGGGAGGAAAAAUCCUUAAAUAAGAGUCACGGGGAAUGAUUAACGGACUUCAAUGUCUGUACACUAAUGCGCAAAGCAUGGGAAAUAAACAAGAUGAGCUUGAGCUCUUGGUACAGCAAACUAAAUAUGACAUAAUAGGCAUCACUGAAACCUGGUGGGAUAAGUCCCACAAUUGGAAUGUAAUAAUGGGGGGGAUACAAUCUAUUUCAGAGAAACAGACCAGACAAGAAAGGAGGAGGAGUGGCGUUAUAUGUCAGGGAUGUGUAUACCUGUGAAGAGAUCCAAGAUUUAGAACCUCAAAGCCAAAGUGAGAGCAUUUGGGUCAAAAUUAAGGGAGAGAAGAAUAACAGUGACCUCAUUGUGGGAGUUUACUAUAGAUCCCCAAGCCAAACGGAGGACAUAGAUGAUGCCUUCCUGGAACAGAUGGCCAAGCAUGCAAAAGGACGGAGAUAGUAGUAAUGGGGACUUCAAUUACCCGGAUAUUUGUUGGAUGUCAAACUCAGCCAAGAGCAUAAGGUCAAACAGAUUCCUCACUGGCCUUGCAGACAACUUCAUUGUCCAGAAAGUGGGAGAAGCAACAAGAGGAACAGCCAUUUUAGAUCUGGUCCUAACCAAUGUUGAUGACCUGGUUAGUGGGGUAGAAGUGGAAGGAUCAUUAGGCGCGAGUGAUCAUGCUCUUCUGAAGUUUACUAUACAGCGGAAAGGAGCAGCCAAACAUACUAGGACUCAAUUUCUUGACUUUAAGAAAGCUGACUUCAUAAAACUUAGGGAAGUGCUGGGUGAGAUCCCAUGGACAGUAAUACUAAAAGGAAAGGGAGUUCAUGAUGGCUGGGAGUUUGUUAAGAGGAGAUACUAAAAGCACAACGUCAGGCAAUACCAAUGAGACGGAAACAUGGAAGGUGCCUAAAGAAGCCAGGGUGGCUAUCUAAAGAACUUUUAACUGAGUUAAGAUUAAAAAAGGAUGUGUACAAAAAAUGGAAAGGGGGGGAAACCACCAAAGAGGAAUUCAAACAAAUAGCCAGCACGUGUAGACACAAAGUCAGAAAAGCUAAAGCACAGAAUGAACUCAGGCUUGCUAGAGAGGUUAAAAGCAACAAAAAAGGCUUUUAUGGGUAUGUCCGUAGCAAAAGGAAGAACAAAGAAACAGUGGGGUCACUCAGAGGAGAAGAUGGUGAAAUGCAAACAGGGGACACAGAAAGAGCUGAACUCCUCAAUGCCUUCUUUGCCUCAGUCUUCUCUGAUAAAGAAAACAAUGCCUGACCUGAAGAAUUUGGAGCAAAUGAUUCAGCAAAGGAAACACAACCCAGAAUAACUAAGGAGAUAGUACAAGAAUACUUGGCUAGUUUAGAUGUAUUCAAGUCUCCAGGGCCAGAUGAACUGCAUCCAAGAGUAUUAAAAGAACUGGCAGAUGUGAUCUCAGAACCACUGGCAGUCAUCUUUGAGAAUUCCUGGAGAACAGGCGAAGUCCCGGCAGACUGGAGGAGGGCAAAUGUUGUCCCUAUUUUCAAAAAGGGGAAAAGAGAGGAUCCAAAUAAUUACCGCCCAGUCAGUCUGACAUCAAUACCAGGGAAGAUUCUGGAGCAGAUCAUUAAGCAAACAGUCUGUGAGCACCUAGAAAGGAAUGCUGUGAUCACCAAUAGUCAGCAUGGAUUUCUGAAAAAUAAGUCAUGUCAGACUAACCUGAUCUCGUUUUUUGACAGAAUUACAAGCCUGGUAGAUGAAGGGAACGCAGUGGAUGUAGCCUACCUUGAUUUCAGCAAGGCAUUUGACAAGGUGCCUCAUGAUAUUCUUGUAAAGAAGCUGGUAAAAUGUGGUCUUGACUAUGCUACCACUCAGUGGAUUUGUAACUGGCUGACUGACCGAACCCAAAGGGUGCUCAUCAAUGGUUCCUCUUCAUCCUGGAGGAGAGUGACUAGUGGGGUGCCACAGGGUUCUGUCUUGGGCCCGGUCUUAUUCAACAUCUUUAUCAAUGACUUGGAUGAUGGACUCAAGGGCAUCCUGAUCAAAUUUGCAGAUGACACCAAAUUGGGAGGGGUGGCUAACACCCCAGAGGACAGGAUCACACUUCAAAACGACCUUGACAGAUUAGAGAACUGGGUCAAAACAAACAAGAUGAAUUUUAACAGGGAGAAAUGUAAAGUAUUGCACUUGGGCAAAAAAAUGAGAGGCACAAAUACAAGAUGGGGGACACCUGGCUUGAGAGCAGUACAUGUGAAAAGGAUCUAGGAGUCUUGGUUGACCACAAACUUGACAUGAGCCAACAGUGUGACGCGGCAGCUAAAAGCCAAUGCAAUUCUGGGCUGCAUCAAUAGGAGUAUAGCAUCUAGAUCAAGGGAAGUAAUAGUGCCACUGUAUUCUGCUCUGGUCAGACCUCACCUGGAGUACUGUGUCCAGUUCUGGGCACCACAGUUCAAGAAGGACAUUGACAAACUGGAACGUGUCCAGAGGAGGGCAACCAAAAUGGUCAAAGGCCUGGAAACGAUGCCUUAUGAGGAACGGCUAAGAGAGCUGGGCAUGUUUAGCCUGGAGAAGAGGAGGUUAAGGGGUGAUAUGAUAGCCAUGUUCAAAUAUAUAAAAGGAUGUCACAUAGAGGAGGGAGAAAGGUUGUUUUCUGCUGCUCCAGAGAAGCGGACACGGAGCAAUAGAUCCAAACUACAAGAAAGAAGAUUCCACCUAAACAUUAGGAAGAACUUCCUGACAGUAAGAGCUGUUCGACAGUGGAAUUUGCUGCCAAGGAGUGUGGUGGAGUCUCCUUCUUUGGAGGUCUUUAAGCAGAGGCUUGACAACCAUAUGUCAGGAGUGCUCUGAUGGUGUUUCCUGCUUGGCAGGGGGUUGGACUCGAUGGCCCUUGUGGUCUCUUCCAACUCUAUGAUUCUAUGAUUCUAUGAUUCUAUUAUUAUUAUUAUUAUUAUUAUUUAUUGCAUACAGCUGGAAACUCUGGCAGCAGCAUUAAGAUAAAUUCACCUGUGUAAAUAAGCUUUGAUAGAUGCAAUAAUGGAAUACUGAAUGGUAUAGUUUUUGUAAAAUAUACAUUGAUUUAUGAUGUGUAAAAUGAACCAUGGAAAGAGUUACACUGCACAGGAAGCUCAUGGUGCAAGCUCAGAGUUUUGCAGCAAUGAGCCUAUAUAACAAUUGUGGGGCUGGGUGUGUGUUGUGUGUUGCACAGAUGUCCAAAGUCUUUCACCCUCCGAUCCUCAGUUUUCUUUUUCUUCCCCCCCCCCCAAGGGUACCAGAGACAACUUCAGUACAAACACAGGGAUGGUUCUUAUAGUGCAUUUGGAGAGAGUGAUGGGCAAGGCAAUACCUGGUGAGUCAUAGAAUUGUGGAGCUGGAAGGAACCCCAUACAACUCCCAUCAGCCCUAACCAGCAUGCCCAGUGGUCAGAUAUGAUGGAAGUUGUGAAUUAAACUUGUAUAAGAGGGCAGGAAAAUUUGAGGCAGCUGAAGGUGGUCACAUUUGUGAAUGGGGAUAAACAACCCUGAAUCAGUAGCCUUUGAAAACAACCCAGCCGUUAUUUGCUUUCUCCAUCUCUUCUCAAGGCUGACAGCUUUUGUGAUCAAGGUUUUCAGCAAAGCUGAGGAAUAUACCUUCAUCGAUGAUGAGGAUAUCCAGGCUGCUUUGCGGUGGUUGGCAAGUUACCAGCAGCCCGAUGGCUCCUUUGCCAAUGUGGGGAAACUCUUCCACAGAACAAUGAAGGUACGAGUUCAGAGGGGUGCAGUCUUUAAUGAAACUGCUUUCAAUUGCCAGACAUCAAUGUACAAUUGUUUUCCACAAUCACAGUUGCUGCUCACAACGCACAGUGUGUAGAAUACAAUGCCAGAUCACCCUUGUAUUGUGGUACAUGCUGCUGCAAACUGCAAUAAGAAGUGCAGUAGGUCAUGUGUAUCAUAUCUAUUUUUUUAAAAAAAAAUCCCAUGUAUGUGCACCCCUGCAGGCAGUUAAUGCAAGCUAAUGAAGCAAUACCUCUAUUAAUUCGCAUAGGGGGAAAGAAGAAACUGGAUCCACAGAAAUGGCUAGACAGGGAGCAAUCUCUGUUAGAGAGAGGUGUUUAGAAGAGAGAUUCCUCUCCCGUAGUAGAAUUAAGCACAAUGACAAUUGCUCCAAGCACAUUGAAACUUGGUUAGAUUUGUAUCUGCCCUCAGCCACCUUUAAACUAAUGUUCCCCACAAAAAAAAACUUAGGCUAGAAUAAAUCACAGUCACUUAGCUUUGCAAAUAAGUGAAUAGUUUACUCACAGAGUCUCCAGAUGUUACAGCAAACAAGUCUCCAUCCAUUGGCAGUAAAAUGAAGAUGGGAAAGGUUCCAAGGAUCAUGUACUAUCUGAGGUAGCAAGAUGCAGGCUAUGAAAUCUCCUUUUAGAGAGAUUCAGAUCACAUGCAGGGAGCCAAGGCCACAUUGCUUCUUGCUUGUUCUAAGAAGCAGGAAGAAGAAAGGAUUGAGAAGGGGUUGGGAGCAAAGCCGACUGAGCACCUUCUAAGCCACUUGCAACCUGAGCUCUGGCCUGAGGUUAACUCAUUAAUGCAUACAAGUGUAAGUCAAUAACUGUAUAGUACAACAAUUUGUCCAUCACUCCAGCAAGGACCCUGUUACCCCAAGGGUCUCUGUGAGGGGCAGGACUUCACUUACCAAGGUGCCCUUCCACUAUAGCAAACAUUUAACCUUGCAGUGUGGUUGUCGCUCCUCCUUGCCACAGGCCUCUCUCUCUCUUCAGUCCUUUGCCUAAGGACAGCAUAUUGUACUAGACUAGGUUGAGCACUAUAAAUACUGCUGUCCCUACUGACUCCUGAAAGAUCUUAGCAGCCGUAUUAAUUGCUGUUUCAUUUUUGCCCUUGAUGCAAAAAUUAUCUCACGGUCUCGUUCCGUCUUUCUCUCUUUUGCCAUGUGCUUCACAGGGAGGUGUAAAUAAUGUGAUCUCUCUUACUGCUUAUAUCAUUGGUGCACUCUUGGAGGCCAGAAAGCCGCUUGAGGUGAGUGCUGUUCAGUCUCGGGCCAUGUGCGCAUGACCAUUUGCUCAGUCUCCCGUGUACUCCCACCACUGGUGAUUGAAGCCAAGUGCACAUGACAAUAGCUGCAAUCCAUAUAUAUCCUGUAGAUUCUUGAGAAAUACUCCUGUCUGAUGCUUUCCCCCUCAUACCAGCUCCCAUCCAAUUUGAAAACACGAGUUGUGGCUUAGCUGAGACAGGCGCAUUUGAGGCGGCCAUUGUGCAUGCACAGCUGACGGCAUCCUUGAAUAUGAGUUCCAUGGCUUGUAAGGGCAGGGAAACAAAUGGGGCAGUGUCAGGGGCACCGAAUCCUAGGAGCUGAGCUCCUUUGAGCUUGCUCCCCCCCCAUAUUUGUUAGCAGGGGCUGGGCCCCCUCAAUGUUUGUCUGAGUGGGACGCCUCAGUGUGACACUGUCACACAGGAUGCCUGGACUUUGCAUGCUUGUGCGAGCCAGGAAUGUGUCGGCUCUUCUCCUCCUCCUCCUCCUCCUCCUCCUCCCCCCCCCCCCCGGGGAGGGUAAUCAGCCCCCAGCCCAUGGCGUGAGGAGGAGGAGACGCCAGCCAUGGAAGCUGAGCUGCCGCAUGACACCCAGAUGUCAAUAAUAAUAAUAAUAAUAAUAAUAAUAAUAAUAAUAAUUUUUAUUUAUACCCUGCCCUCCCCGGCCAGAGCCGGGCUCAGGGAGGCUAACACCAGUAAAAUUGCAGUAAAAACAUAAUAGGGGGAAAAAACCAAUUCAAAAUACAGGUUAAAAUGCAAUUUAAAAUUCAGACUCAUUUUAAAAGUAGCCCAUAGAUCAAAACCAUAAGGGGAGGGGAAACAUAAGGGUCAGACUGAGUCCAUGUAUCAUGGACCAUGUCCAACGUCCGGGUGCCACAGACGACAUCGUGACGUUAUGUGCAAUGCCCCAACAUGACGUUGUGAUGUUGUGCAUGACGUCAGCCCCCCCCCCCCCCAUUUCUUUUGGAGUUGACGAGCCUGGGUAGUGUGCGUUAGGAAAAGACACCCCCAGCCCCCCUCUGGUGUGUGUACAGAAAGCGCAAAUGCAACUUGAAAUAGAGUGGGUCCGGGAGGGGGCGGGAGAGCGACCUUGCUGUUUUGCUGUUUUAAUCCUGACCAGCAGGGUGUGAGUUUGCUUGCAGUGGCUAAGAGCUGAAUGUUUUGCUUCCUUGGCUGCCAUAGAGCAGACAUGUUCAACUGGUCGACUGCGAUCGACAGGUUGCUCCCCGGGGUGUUCCUGGUUAAUCGGGGGUGUUCCUGGUUGACAGUGGGAUUAAAUAAAUUGUCAAAGGAAUGCCUUCACCCCCCAUGCGAGAUCUCUCUGCUGCCAUGGCAGCAGCACAGGAAGCUGUGUUCGGCAGGAAGUGCAAGUAAGCGUGACGCUUCCAAGUGGAAGCACUAGUCAGGCUGAUGAUCAAUCUUUUGCAUCCUCCCCUAAAAUUAAAAGCUAAGGAACCCUGCCCCCCCCAAAGAAGCUUAAAUACUCUGAGCAGCCCUCCCCCAAAAAAGCUCAACAACUUGGGGCAACCCACCCCACGCAUGCUCCUCCUCCCUCCAAUUACAAUGGCUAGAUCACUUCCAGUUUUUUUAUACUGGGAGUAGAUUGCAGUCACUUGGCAGUUGGACGUGCCUGCCAUAGAGUAAACAGUCUAUUCAAAUGCAUGGCAAAUUGACAGUCAGCCGAGACAAAAACAAAGCAAAGCAAAACAAAACACUGCUUUCAAGAUCAUUGGACGCAGUCACUUCCCUGAAGUCUCCUUUGACUAGAUACAUGUAACAAAAUGGGAAUAUUGAGUUUCCAGACUUGACAUUUGGACUUGCUCUUUCUCAUAAAAAGCUAAGGCAAUGAUCAGACAUCGCCCCAGGGAAGUGCCACUCCACGCUUGUCCACACCUUUCCAGGGCACAGGUCCACUCUUUAAAGCUGAAGCGUAACAAACAGCAAUUUGGGUUUUCGGCUGAUUGCCAUUUGCUCCCAUUCAGCAGUAAAGAGCGGAUUUUCACAAGGAAAGCUCUGAAGCGGGGGGGGGGGGAGUGUUCAAACAAAGAGUUGUAAAGCAUGGACCAUGACUGGAAAGCACAAAGGAAAGGAAAGCGUCGAUAAGGCUUCCCUUUAAAUGAAGAACUCACCUUGCUGUCUGCAAUCACAGCUGAGGGCCUGUCCACACUUCUUCUUGUUCUGUGCUUAGAAAGCACGGUUCCAAGUGGCGCUUUGUUUGUCCUCCUGCUUCCCCUGGGGAAACAUGCUGCUUACUGCUGGACAAACGUCAAUUGGUAAUUCUGCCCAUUGACUUUUGUUCCGGGAGAAGCGGAAGUAUGGACGAGACAAGGAAGUGGAGUUCUAACUAGUGACUGCCCUUGGGGUUUGGUGCAGUGCGGCGGAUUCAACUUUGUCCUAAGGAAAUAGCUGGUGUGAACAUGUCUAGUGUAUUUUGCCUUUCCAGUGGCCCACAAUCAUAUUCAAUCACUGGUACAAGGACAGGUCUUCUUAACACUUUGCCCUGCUACUUGUUUCUUUCUCUUCCAGGAUCCAGUGGUGAAGAAUGGCUUAGACUAUCUCAAAACGACUGUCUCGAACACGACAGAUAUUUAUGUGCAGGGAUUGUUGGCAUAUGUCUUCACAUUAGCUGGAGAUGUAGCCAUGAGACAAAUGUUGCUUACCAAACUAGACCAGCAAGCCAUCAAGUCAGGUACUGAGGAGAAUAUGAUGUCAACAAUCAUGGUCUAAUAGUUUGUCUUCAGAUUGAAAUCCAAUACACAAUUCGUACGAUGCACUAUUUCAGAUUGUGUAUGUGUAGGGGUGAGUCCAGUCCUAUUUUUAUAGAAAAAGAGGUGCCAGAACUCAAUAUGAACACCUCCCUUGUACUCUUAUAAUGGCAACAGCGCCCACCUGAGAGGUGCCAGAACUCGCAAGAACUCGCAAGAACUGAAAAAAAUCCCUGGGUGAAUCACAUAUUGUGUAUCACUGUCUUGAUAUUAAGUACAUAUUAAGUAAAGUGUGUUCUGUCCACCGGCUAGAUACAGUGGACGCUUGGGUCGCCAACGUGAUCUGUGUGGGAGGCACGUUCGCAACCCACAGCAUUCGCGGGUUGCAAUUCGCCGCUUCUGCGCAUGCGCAAUCUAGCACUUCUAUGCAUGCACAACCACCGAAACCUGGAAGUAACCCAUUCUGGUACUUCCGGGUUUUGGCGCAUCCGUAACCCGAAAGAAUGCAACCUGAAGCGUCUGUAACCUAAGGUAUGACUGUACUUUGUUUACAGUGCAUUAAAUAAGCCUAUUAAUUCGAAGCACAAUUCCAAGCGCUGACCUUUAAAGUCCUAAAUGGCCUUGGCCCAGUAUGCCUUAAGGAGUGUCUCCACCCCCAUCUUUCAGCCCAGACAGUGAGGGGGGGGCUGCCUCUGAAGGCGGUUCAGAAACUUCAGCUGAUACAGAAUUCAGCAACCAGGUUGCUAGCCAGGGGUGGAGGAAGGGGGGUGCGGUGGGUGCGUUUCGCCCUGGGUGUCACCACUGAGGGGGGGUGACAAAAUGCCAAGUGGCACUCACUGUGGGGCCUGCAGCGCACCAGCGCCAUGUGUGUCUCCUUGGGCACGCACAGGCUCCAUGCUGCCCCAAACGGUCCGCCCACUGCCUCCCCCUCAGCUGUAGGGCGGCUGAUUGGGAGGAGGCAGGCAGACUCUGGAGGCCCUGCUGUGCGCCCCGCCCUCACCCCACCCCUAUGGGUGGCUCGCCUCACCCCUGGGCGCGCUGCCCCAGGCGCAUGAGCUGCUUCCUCUGCUGCUGCCCUUGGCAAGACGGUUUGAGCAUAUAACCCAAUCCUGGCUCAAGACCACAUUACCUCAAGGACUACCUCUUCCCAUGUGAACUGACCUGGAGCCUGUGAUCAUCAUCUUUAACCCUUCUUUGUGUGCCUCCUUCAUGCGAUGUCUGGAGAGGAGAACAGGCCUUUUCUUUGUUGGCUCUCCACUUGUGGGGUGCUCUCCCCUGAAAGGUUUACCUGACGCCUUUACUACAUAUCUUUAGGUGCCAAGCAAAAGCUUUCCUCUACAACCAGGUCUUUGGCCUUAAGCUAUCUGUGGCCUUUGAGAAAUGGGUGGGAUGUUUUAAAUAUAUUUCUUUUUCCUCUUGAUUUUAAUGUAUCUAUGUGGGUUGGUUGGUGGUUUGGCUGGCUGGCUGGUUUUAAGCUGCCUUGGAUUGCCCUGGGCAAAAUAAAGCGACUAACAUAUUCAAUAAGAUUCAGCAAAAUAAAAUUCAAUAAAAUAAAAUAUUAAGAGUUUUCCCUGGAUUAAUCCUAGCAUGAGGAGUGGGUUCAAAUUCCAUUCCUGAGCGCAGCUUCCCAGUGUCAGUGCAUGUUCACAGGAGCAACUACAGGCCAUGAGCUCGCCCUUAACCCAAAACCCAUUUCACCAACCUCAGAUUGGCUCUUCCAAACAUACAAGUUUCAUUUUUCUUUGGUAGGAGGGCAGAUAUAUUGGAGCCCAAGGACUGCCCCAGCAUCCACCGAGAAUCCUUGGUCCCAGCCUGAGUCUGUGAGUGUGGAGCUGACAGCAUAUGUGCUUCUGGCUAGGCUUUCGCCCCAAAACGUCAGCAAUGAGGAUAUCAAGAAGGCCACAGACAUUGUGGCCUGGCUGACGAAGCAGCAGAAUGCCUAUGGAGGCUUUGCCUCAACUCAGGUAAUGUUUCCUCUCUCACGGCUGGAGCCUGUAUAUUCUGAAAGAUCACUUUCCCCACCACAUCUGGCUGUCUCAGAAUCUAUAAGCCCAUAAACUAAAUUCUAGACCCAGAUCAGCUGGGUUUUUCAAAGUUACAUUGCUGCUUCUGACCCACCCCAUUUGGAUUGAAGUGGGGAGUCACAGUGGAUCAUAAAAUCAUGAAAUUGACCCUGAGGAUCAUCCAGUCCAACCCCAUAUGAAGCUGCCCCGUGCAGGGAUCGAACCUGCAACCUUGGUGUGAUCAGCACCAUGUUCUAACCAACUGAGCUAUCCAGGCAGUGUAGGUGACUCGAUGUAAAAGAGGAAAAUUGGACAGAAAUGAAAACAUUUUCCUCAUCUUAACAACAAGCCGCACCUGCCAAAAUUCCCUCUUCCAAAAGACUCAGGAUUUUCUUAUGACAGUUUAAGUCCAUCUAUCCUCCUAGGAGGUGGCAGUUCAUCCCAUUUCCAACAACCCUGCUAGGUAGGUAGGGUAGACUGAAAGAUAAUUAUUAUUGUUGUUAUGUAUAAAAUUUGUACAUCGUCCUUAGCCUGAAGAUCCCAGGGCAGUUCACAAUAGAGCAACAGAUUAAAGCAGUGGCAUUAGGACUAGGUGCAAAACUCUUUCCCCCUGAGCCCUUUCCCCCGCGAGUUCUCCAGCGAGGUGUUUCCAGAUACACUACAGAAAUUAUCCCUCUGCAGGAUACAUUUUAAGAAAAUGCCAGUGUUCCUGAGAGGUUGACCCUACUGCAGGGUGAUAAAGCUGGGUGGGUAGACCCAGUCUUGCUCUCGCAAGGCAAUGCACUGGACCCUGUGUAGUCCACUGAGACCCUACCUGCCCAUGGACUGUCUCACCAGAGUGGUGCAUGCUCUGGUUAUCUCCCACUUGAACUACUGCAAUAUGCUCUACAUGGGGCUACCUUUGAAGGUGACCCGGAAACUACAAUUAAUCCAGAAUGUGGCAGAUAGACUGGUGACUGGGAGUGGCUGCCAAGACCACAUAACAGCAGUCCUGAAAUACCUACAUUGGCUCCCACUACGUUUCUGAGCACAAUUCAGAGUGUUGGUGCUAACCUUUGAAGCCCUAAACAGCCUUGGCCCGGUAUACCUGAAGGAGCAUCUCCACCCUCAUAGUUCAACCAGGACACUGAGGUCUAGCACUGAGGGCCUUCUGGUGGUUCCCUCACUGCGAGAAGUGAGGUUACAGGGAACCAGACAGAGGGCCUUCUCGGUAGUGGCGCCCGCCCUGUGGAACACCCUCCUAUCAGAUGUCAAGGAAAUAAACAACUACCUGACUUUUAGAAGACAGCUGAAGGCAGCCCUGUUUAGGGAAGUUUUUAAUGAUUGAUGUUUUUAAUAACUGGUGUUUUAAUGUAUUUUUAAUAUUUUGUUGGAAACCCAGCCAGCUGGGCAGGGUAUAAAUAAAUUAUUAUUAUUACUACACUGCAACUGUUCUCCUUUCCCAGGACACAGUGGUUGCACUCCAAGCCCUCGCCAAAUAUGGAGCAGUCACAUACACUAGAUCUGAAGACCUAUUGAUAACGGUGAAAUCUGACAAGACCUUCCAGCAGUCAUUCCACGUGGACGACACUAAUCGGUUGGUUCUGCAGCAGGCUACCCUCCCAGAUAUACCUGGGGAGUACGCCAUGCAAGCCUCUGGCAAAGGCUGUGGAUAUGUCCAGGUGAGUGAUGGUUCUUCAAGGAAGGCAAGGCAGCAAUUGGUCCUCCAGAAAUAGACUGGAAAGAGAAGUUGCUGAAUUGCAACUUAUUACCAAACUUAAAACCAUGGAUAGACCUGAUCUGAAUAGAGGCAUUGGAUUAUUAUCUCAUUAUACACGAUAAAGCUAUUUUUAGCCAUCUCAGCCCUUGCUUUUUCCUGUAAGACCAAUUGCAGUCGUUAACAGUCGUCAGCAGGUUUACCACACCUAUCAGCCAAUCACCCAUUCCCACCACCCUUCUGAGUAAUACCCCUCCCCACCGUCUCACUAUAUAUAAGGGUCUGGUGACUUCGGUUUCAGUGUGUCUGAAGAAGUGUGCAUGCACAUGAAAGCUCAUACCAAUAACAAACUUAGUUGGUCUCUAAGGUACUACUGGAAGGAAUUUUCUUAUUUCUAUGUGUGCCUAAUGAAGUACAGUGGUACCUCGCAAGACGAAUGCCUCUCAAGACGAAAAACUCGCAAGACGAAAGAGUUUUUUGUUUCUUGAGUUGCUUCGCGAGACGAAUUUCCCUAUGGGCUUGCUUCGCAAGACGGAAACAUCUUGCAAGUUUGUUUCCUUUUUCUUAAAACCGUUACAGUAAUACAGGGUGCAUUGCUUGAAGAGGUGCAGUUGCAACUUGACUUCGGGGAGCAACUCAUAGCACGUGGUGUGGUAGCCUUUUUUGAGGUUCUUGAAGAUUUUUUUGAAAAAAUUGAAACCGUGCUUCGCAAGACGAAAAAACUCGCAAGACGAAAAAACUCGCAGAACAAAUGAAUUUCGUCUUGCGAGGCACCACUGUAUACUCAAAACUACAAACAUAGUAAAAAUAGAGGUAGGUAAAAACAGAAUAACUUUUCAAACAUGGGCGCACAUUGAUUAGAAAGCUUUGCAAAGAUGCUGGUUUCUUAUUUAAGGGAACUGAGAGAUACCCUUGCCUGAGAUCAUAAAGGAUUUCACGGUAUCCAAAAAGCAUUUAUCCAAUCGACUGAGGGGUGGAAAUGAGUAACUGGUAGAUGCAAGGACACUAAAACAUUCCUAAAAGGCGUGAGCUUUUGAGAGCUCCAGCCAGACUGCAUGUUAUCGUUAUGCAACUCUGCAACUGUUGUGUUUUUGGUGCCUGUCCCAUAUCAGGCAGUCUUGCGAUACAAUAUCCCUCCCUCGAAGAAUGAAGACACCUUCAACCUGGAUGUGAAAGCAGUAGGGAAAGGAUGUGAACAAGAGACAGCCCCUCGCUUCCUGACCCUUCACAUCAGUGCAAGGUGAGAGGCAGCAAGCUUACCAAAAUUCAUGUAUGCCUAUCCCUGAAUGUAGACUUGUUCAGCUGGUAAUGAUCGGUUCCACUUCAAAUUGAGUAUUGUUUAGCUAGAAAUCUUGGUUGGGUUGUAAUCAAACCAGGCCUUGGGCUGAUUAACAUUCUGUGGCCUUUUAAAUGUGUUGUGGGAGGGGGAUUAUUGGUUUGUUUUGUUAUUUUCAUUAUCUUUCAUUCUUAUCUUCUUGCAAUUUUAUGUUGUGAACCACCCUGAGAUCUAUGGGUGAAGAGCGGUAUAAUCUUUAAAAUAAUAAUAAUACCAGUGAAUUGUAAGAAAUGUCAGUUGGUUUUUCUGCAGAUUGCUAGAGAGAGGGGGGGGGAAUCUUGAGUAAGGCAACUUCUAGAAGGACCUGUUUAUUGAACAUUCAGCCUGAUUUGUUUGUAGAUAGAUUAGGCUAUUUAAUGAGCACCCAUUCUAAUUUGCUUGUGGGAAGGAUAGAUGACACUGCAUCAAGGGAAGCGUUUGUUGGACUACUCUAAAAAGACUCGAAGAAUUGGUCUUGAACAGGUUGCUAGGCAACCGAAAAAUCUAUCCAGCAACAGGUGCCUUUAUUAAGGGCAUGUGAUCAAUAAGGGUCAGUGUAAAAGUGUCAGUGUGUAAAUGAGCGUGAGUCAGCAUUAGGUCUCUGGCCGGAAGGCUGGAAGAGGAAAGGAUUGUGUUAUUUGUAUUCAACCAGUGUAAAUUUUUGUAAAUAAUAAAGAUACUCAAUUAAAAAAGGAAACUCUACUGCAAGUCUAUUCAAAGAAGAAAACCCAAGAGUGGAUGCUGCACACACAUCAACACUGUUCUCCCUCAUGUUGCAGGGACUGAAUCCCACCUGAAAAUAGUGACAGCCUGGAAGUGCCCUAGGAGUCAACAAUGCAGUGGGGAAGUUGAUGGCUGGGACUUGAAAUGGCUUAUGUGCAACUCUUCCUCUUCUCUUGACAGUUAUGUGGGCAGCCGUGGCACCUCCAACAUGGCCAUGAUAGAGGUGAAGAUGUUGUCUGGAUUCCAUCCUGUCCAGGGAACUAACCACGAUGUAAGUCAAUUUUGCCGGUGGCGCUGUGGGUUAAACCACAGAGCCUAGGACUUGCCGAUCAGAAGGUUGGCAGUUCGAAUCCUCGCGACGGGGUGAGCUCCCGUUACUCGGUCCCUGCUCCUGCCAACCUAGCAGUUCGAAAGCACGUCAAAGUGCAAGUAGAUAAAUAGGAACCGCUCCAGCGGGAAGGUAAACGGCAUUUCCGGGCGCUGCUCUGGUUCGCCAGAAGCGGCUUAGUCAUGCUGGCCACAUGACCCGGAAGCUGUACGCCAGCUCCCUCAGCCAAUAAAGCAAGAUGAGCGCCAGAACCCCAGAGUCGGCCACGACUGGACCUAAUGGUCAGGGGUCCCUUUACCUUUUUAAGUACCUCUUGUCUGGGGAUGGAGGAGAAAUUUGAUUCAGUACACAUUCAAAAUCAAAUCCUAUUAAAUAUCCACUUUCCCCCAAAAAUAUGUGGACCAGGAGGCAGCUAUUCUUCAGUUCAGUUCAAUUUAUUGUGUUUAGCGAGCAGCCAUUACAGAUAUAAUAAUAACAAGAAUGCUACUAAUAAUAGUGGUUUACAUUUCUACUCUGUGACCUUUACAGGAUAAAUGAUUUCCCAUUUCCCCUUUAAAUUUUAGUACAUGAAUUUGUAAAGCCUUGGCAAGAAAAUCGGGUGUUGUAAAAGAUAUAUUCUUCUCUAAAUCAGGCAACAAAAAACAGGUCUUUACAUGAGACAUCCUUCCCUUCUGCGAUCUUAACAAUGGGUGGAUGUAAUUGUUUCUAAGGUCAUUAUAAAAAGGUCAUUCAAUGAGUACAUGAGCUAUGUCUUCUAUUGACACCAUUGCAGCUGCAAACUCUACCCUUCUUAGGAACUCCUUUAUCAGAUGUUCUUCAAAAUUUGCACAUCUGAAUUUUGCAAUGCAGUUCUCCCUCCAACCAAAGUUUACAAACUGCACAUUGUACAGGAAAGUGUGCCUAAAACUGAAGAUGUUACUGAAAAUAACAUACAAAAAAUGCAUUGUAUCAGGGAAAGCGGCUUGCAAAAAUGUGUACAUGAGUCAAAACUGCGUGUAAAAUGUGUUUGUUAGGAGAAAUUCGUACCAAAAUGCUGGUGAAUUUUCAUGAGGAUCUUUUAAUUAUUUUUUUUAAAAUCUGCAAAUUGCUGCAAAAUGUGAGAACUGAAUUUAAGAUUGGGAAAAUGAGAAACAGAGAAAACCAAAACUGAGAGAUCCUUCCAUCCCUCUGUCUCUUUUCUCCCCUAUGUGACAGAAAUCAGUUUAGAAAGACAAAGUCCCUCUCGAUGAACAUAGGUAAAGGUAAAGGGACCCCUGACCAUCAGGUCCAGUCGUGACCGACUCUGGGGUUGCGGCGCUCAUCUCGCUUUAUUGCCCGAGGGAGCCAGCGUACAGCUUCCGGGUCAUGUGGCCAGCAUGACUAAGCCUUUUCUGGAGAACCAGAGCAGCACACGGAAACACCGUUUACCUUCCCGCCGGAGCAGUACCUAUUUAUCUACUUGCACUGGCGUGCUUUCGAACUGCUAGGUUGGCAGGAGCAGGGACCGAGCAACGGGAGCUCACUCCGUUGCGGGGAUUCGAACUGCCGACCUUCAUAGCAGGUUCCAAAUAAUGUAUUGAACAGGAGGAGGAGGGGUGGACAACAGGGACAAUUUAUUGCAGAUAGGACUGAAGCCAACAAUAAGCUGGGCCUGGUACAGGGUCAAAAAUGGGUGGGGCUUUCCAUUUUCUCUCUUUUUCUGACUCCUCUUCUCUCACUUUCUUUCCGCUACCUGCCAUCCUCUCCCUCCCUCUCUCACGCACACAUACUCACAUGUUCCUCUACUUAGUGGGCUGCUGAGAGAGACAGAGAUCCCUCUUACCCAUGGUCUGCGCAGAUUGCUUACAGAGGGAUAUCAAAAUAUACGAUUUUGCAAGGGACAUAAUUCCUGGUUCCCUUCUUUCAAAGAUUUGCCACUUAUUCCUCAAACAAUGCAAGCAACGAAAGACCUACGAAACCUCCCUUUGGUGACAAAACUGGUGGCAUGUUGGGAAGGAAGCCUUAAUUCUUUCAUUCUGUAUCCUCAGCUUAAGCAACAGCCCCUUGUGAAAAGAGUCGAGAUUGGGGAGGAGCAUCUCACAAUCUACCUGGACCAGGUCAGUACAGGGAAAAGAAACACAGCUUUGUAACAGGCAAGCACACACAUCAUUCGACAACUGGGCCAAUGGCACUGCUUCAUUGUAGUGGCCCCCUUCACAAGUCGCCUCGCCAGGCAAAAAAGAAGACCAACGGUAACAGAAAAGGGCAUUUCAACAGGCCCAGCUUGCCAAGUAAACAGCACUUUCUCGAAUUUCCUCUUCUGCUUGCAGCAUUCUUAUGAGAACAAUCCAGGCCUGUUAAUAAGGAGAGUUGUUUAAAUUGUCGAUUUAAAUUAGAUUAUUGAUCUAAUCAAUAAUUCAUUAAAGUGUCACAAUGGAAGGAGGAAGAAGAGCAGCAAAAUGUGGGUCAAGGUAACUUUUCCAUCUGUUUUUGCUCCCACGCUCUGGUGUGAGUCAGUUAACCCAUAGUACUGCUCGGAACCAAAAAAAAAGUGUGGCUUUUGGCCCCGUGCUCUGGUGCGGACAGACUGCAGGAGCAGUCUAUUAUAUAUAAAUUCUAUAUAUAAUAAUCUAUUAUUCUAUUUUUAUUCUAUUAAUGUUUAAUUGUUUUUAUGAUGUUUUUAGUGAAUCUUGUUUUUAUCUGUAAGCCACCUUGAGUCUCCGUUGAGGAAAAAGGCAGGUUAUAAAUAAAGAUAUAACAACAACAACAACAGCAACAAUUCAAACAGAUGCCCUCUGAAACUAGAGCCAUGAAUUUUCUGUUACUCUGUUCUCAUCCAGAAACUAUCCUAUCUAACUAGCCAGCAUAUUUGUUUCUGCGGUUUCACCUUCGAUGGAGGUGAUUGCAGGAUGGCCGAACCAUUUAGUGCUGACCUCAACCCCACCUUGUCCUCAACUUCUCUUUACAUCCAAAGUCUUUCUCUCAGCUAGGAAAGGAGAGGCAAACGUAUACCUUGGCCAUGAGCCAAGACAUUCCAGUGAAGGACCUGAAGCCAGCAGCUGUCAAAGUUUAUGACUAUUAUCAGCCAGGUAGGUUCUUCCUCAUGUUGAAAAAUAGUAGCAUUUUUAAUUCAUUGUGUUUCUCACAAGUCUGUGCAGCUUAUGACCUGUCCAGCCAAAUACAGCCCACCAUCUAUGUACUGUGGCCUUCAGGUGUUCUGUAAUCACCCUGUAUUUACAGUCUCAGUCAAUCAGCAAAAAUUUGUGGGCCAUCAUAGGUGCCUUCAGCUUAGGGAGACCACACGUUAUGAAGUCUAAGUUCCAGUUUGGAAUCAUAUGGUUGAUGGGAAGCCAACAAAGUUCUAGGCCUAAGAGAUGGAAUAAGGUAAAGGUAAAGGGACCCCUGAUCGUUAGGUCCAGUCGUGACCGACUCUGGGGUUGCGGCGCUCAUCUCGCUUUAUUGUUCGAGGGAGCCAGCGUACAGCUUCCAGGUCAUGUGGCCAGCAUGACUAAGCUGCUUCUGGCGAACCAGAGCAGCGCACGGAAAUGCCGUUUACCUUCCCGCCGAAGCGGUACCUAUUAAUCUACUUGCACUUUGACGUGCUUUCGAACUGCUAGGUUGGCAGGAGCAGGGACCGAGCAACGGGAGCUCACCCCAUCAUGGGGAUUCGAACUGCCACCCUUCUGAUCGGCAAGUCCUAGGCUCUGUGGUUUAACCCACAGCGCCACCCGUGUCCCAAUCGAUGGAAUAGCAACCGGCAAAUUCUUUGUUCUGGGUGGUCUCCAUCCAAGAGUUCUCAAAGAACUCAAAUGUGAAACUGCUGAUCUUCAAACAAAAAUCUGCGUCAGGAAGUGGCUAAAGUAGCAGGAAGCAGAGUGUAGGGAAAAAUAGACAGUUCUCCUGCUUGAAGGGAUGUGGGGAACAGAGUCCCCCAAGGUUCGGUAUUGGGGCCUGUGGUUCUUAACUUGUUCACGAACGAUCUAGAGUUAGAAGUGAGCAGUGAGAUGGCCAAGUUUGCUGGUGGUACUAAGUUGUUGAGGGUCAUUAAAACAAAAACAGAUUGUGAAGAGCUCCGAAAGGACCUAAGUGAAUGGGCUGUAAAAUGGCAAAUGCUAAGGAUGCUGUCCCACCAAGAAUUAUCAUGGGUCUCUCCAACUAGUUGCUUCAUGUUGCCUUUCUGCAUUGCAGAGGGUUGGACUAGAUGACCCCCAGGAUCUCUUCCAACUCUACAAUUCUGUGGUUCUAUGGAAGAAUGAAGAGAGGCAUAAGGAAGCGAGGAUAUCGUGAUUGUGGCCAGUGCUGAGUUUAAUGAUCUGCCUUAAUUUCUUUCAGAUGAACAGUCCACAGUGGAAUAUGAAGACCCCUGCUACUGA